GGCGCAUGCUCGGCGAUGUACCUUACGUGACUGUCCCUCUCCGCCGCGCGCCCUUGCCGUUUGUCCGCUCUCGAGGGAGGGAGGGAGGGAGGGAGGGGUAUCGGCCGCGCGCCCAAUGUUGGAGCCUAACGCACGCGCACGCGCGCUCCUUCCCCCUCUCCCUCUGGAUACGGGAGCCUAGCACGCGCGCUGUUGUUAUUGGUGCUGCCGACUGACUGGCUGGCUGCUGGCUGGCUGGGCUGGCGGCGGCGGCGGCUGUUGGUUGGGGCUGGCGGGGUGGGGGGAGGAGGCGGCGAGGGAGGAGGAGGAGGAGAGCAGGGCGGCUCAGUCAGUCAAGUCAGUCAGCCAGCCAGCCAGCCGGGCGAGAGAGUGAGCGAGCGAGCGAGUUCUUUAAAGAUGGCCGGGGCGGCGGCGGCUACGGCGACAACGGCAGCAGCAACAACAACAACGGCGGCGACGACCCCCGUGUACUGCGUGUGCCGGGAGCCUUACGAUGUGAGCCGCUUCAUGAUCGAGUGCGACAUAUGCAAGGACUGGUUCCAUGGCAGGUAAAACACGCGAGGGGGCAGCGAGGAGGAGGGGGGCCGGGUCUCCUCACGGGUCUCCUCGCGGGAAAACAACAACAAAACAGUGAACUGUGUGAGGGGGGGGGUCCAUUAUUCAGAGGAGGGGGGGAAAUACGCUGAGGGCCGUGAGGGAAGGGGGUGGCCGGGGGGCGAAACAAACAGAAGGACAAUGAGGCGGGGAGAGAGAGAGGCGGUGUGCGCGUCGCGAUGCGUGUCUGCGGGAGAGCUGUGUGAACGGGGCUUUUCGGCGUACCAGGAAGCGGCGUCGGGCAGCCGCCGGCGCUCCUCGGUUCCCUUCUCUCUCUCCCCCCACCCCCUUCUCCAAACAGUGUUAUAUAAGGGACUCCUUGGCCGAGCUUGAGGGGCUCUUCUGAGGAGUUUGGCGGGACGAGAGAUGCCCGGAAAGUUGAGUUGCUUUUAUUAUUAUUCGCAUUGUUCGAAGCGCGUCGCGGCUGAGGUGCCUUUUUGUGUGUGUGCGCGUCUUUUUAUGCGUGUUCAUCUCGCCGUCCCGUCCGCUUCCUGGGCUCGUGCUUCCCCCGGCCAGAGAGUUGCGUGCGCCUCGCGGACGCUUUUCUGACGUUGCGCUCGCGUGUGUGUCCGGGUUGGUGUUUCACCCCUUCCUUCUUUUUCCCUUUGCGCAGGGAGGUUGGGUCAGUUAUGUUGGGAAAGUGCGAGCUCCGAAGAGGAGGCCACGCCGGCGCCGCGGCACUAGCUGCAGCCUCCCCUCGGCUGCGAAGGGAGGAGGUGGGGUGGCUGGGUGGGUAUCCAUGGGCAUUUAAACAAAGGAGCAAGUUUCGGGGCUGCCGCGGCGGCGCGAGUGGCUCUCUUUCGGCCGCCCUUUGAUCUCCCAGCUGGCCGGAGGCUGGAUGGCGGCUGAAGUUCGGAGGAAGGGGCAUCGAUCUGGGGGAAUAUUUGUCCGAGCUGCUGCUGCUGCUGCUGCGGCUGCGGAGGGGAAGUGCGCUUUGAUUGACAACAGGACAUUUAAAUACCCCCCAUUUAACAAAAACAGAGUCACGAUGGAGCUGGCGAGACAGCCUCAUCUCCCUCUGCUGGCUUCCGAAGGGAAGCUAAUUUAAAGGGACAUGGUUCAUGCUUCAGAUCGUGCCCGGAUCAGAGAGACAUAUACUCCCUCUCUGGUUUGUUUGGGUUUUUUUAAUCUCUCUUGUUUUAAAGGAGACAGAUAACACAGAGAGAAGGUCUGUAACUGUCCUCGAGGGUCGAGCCGCACGCGCGGUGAUUAUUGCGAAUACAUUGUUCACAUUUAGAAGCUAGGCUGGCUCGCCGUCUACAAAGUGCACCUGCCUGCCAUUGCAGGUGCACAUGUGGUUCUGUAUUCGUCUCUGAAUAGAUUCCGUGUGUUCCGUGACAGUGGGGCUAUUAUAGAUUUAAGUGUUUUACGGAGGAGCCUGACAAUCUCCUGGUGCAUUGCUGCAGAUGUAAGCAUCGGUGUUUUAAUUCAGAAAACUGCAAAACCAAAAAAGGAAAUAAGCUUCUAUUGUUGCUAAAUUUCUGUGAGUAUAUUGAACAAAGCAUUUAUUUUUUUUCUGAAUUACUUCCAAAUUCCUAAGCCUACAGCAGUGAAAUAGUUAUGUAAUCAGUCUUUUGGUUGUGUUAAAGAGAACAUUGCUGGAAUAGUCUGUAGAAGUCCUAUUAAACAGUAGGAGAAUUUGAACUGAUAUUUGAAGUUGUGAUUUAAAAAAAACCCCUUUGAAAUCUGUUCCAAAAUAUUGAUCCAUGCUUUUAAAAGUUAGGUGAGCUUAAAGUGGCAAGAAGGCAGGGGAAUGGGUUGGGCAGUAGCAAACUAAUGCAUUAGGACAGAAAAAAUGGGUUUGAUAAGGUGGAUGUAGAAGUGUACUGUAUGGUAGCAUUUUAAUUUCUUUUAUUUAUAAGUGUGCAACCAGCUAAAAGUUAUUCCUAAGAAAAUGCUUUCUUGUGGAAAAGAGGGAAAACAAAGAUCUAGUCUCUAAUGUUUAUCUAGGUAAGUCCCAUUGAACUCUGUGACUUACUUCUGAGUAGGUAUUCAUAGGAUUGUGCUGUCAAAUAAUUUUGCUUCUGCACACGGCUUGGCUCCUGAAAUCCAAAUUACUUGGCAACUGAACUAUAAACAGAUUUGCUAUUGCUAUAGCGCCCGGCAGUAUCCCACAAGGAAGAUAAUAAACAAAACAUCACAAUUUUGCUAAAUACAGACUGUCAUAGAUACAUUAUUGCUGGCUGUUUGAUCCUUUUCCUGAUAAUUUAUCUUAAUUUUUAAAAUAACCCCCUGAAUUGUCACUUCUGCAGUGCAAUACUUUAAAGUUUACUCUGAAGUAACUCCAGUUGGGGCUUAUUUACAAGAGUGUUUAGCAUUGUGGCCUGUUUCUGGCCUCAAGAACUGUCUCCUAAUUUACAGUUCAGAAAAUGUUAGUCUAUGUGUAGUUGAAUUAUAUGUUCAGUUGCUAUUUUCUUAAUACUUUUUUUCUAAUUUGAAAGGAGCUGGAGUAUUUCAUUUUGCUUUGGAUGUUAGGGUUCAAAUGUUUUGUACUUGAGAGAGCUGGACACCUUUCUUAUGUUGUUGGAUCAGUGAAUAUGUUUUAAAGCAUUGGCUCUAGUGGUUCUUACAAGAUCCUGGACUGUUUUGAAUCUUUUAUGUGAGUUGUCCACUUGCAUGGACCCUUUGUUUUCUGUCUUUUAUAAUGCAAUACAUCCAAUAGAGAUCAGAAGGCAUCUUACAAUCCUUAGCCUUUCUUAGGAGCUUCCUGUGAGUGGAAUUUUAAAUUCUUCUUGAAAUCAUAUGUACUGUAUUCUUUAGAAUACCACUUUGCAUGUAUGGAAUUUACAUUAGGUUUGGCGCUUUCACAUGAUUUCUUUUAAAAUCUGAGGUUUGAUUUCUACUUGUAGCCAUGCCCUAUAGCAGGGACGGUUAACUCCUGAGACUGCAAUCUACUCACAGAAUAAACUGGCAGGUUGGCAGUUCAGAUCGAAGCUGUUGAGUGAGCUUUUUUUAGGGAGGAAAGUGCCUUUUUUUAGGGGUUCAGGUCAAAGUUGUUGACUGGGGGGGAGGAAUGUCCCUUUUUUAGGGGUUCAUGGCAAAGUUGUUGAGCUAUUUUAGGGAGAAAGGGGGAAAGUCGCUCACCAUAAGAUUGCUAAGGAAACAAUCAACAUCACUAUUAUAACUCAGUCUGUCAUUCUGGAGAUCGUGCAACAAUGGAGGGUGGGCCGAGGGGGCAGGGCCGGAUUUUACCACCACUAAGGAAAGGGAGCCAAAAACCUCCCGGGGAUAUGCCAGUAGAUAGCGAUCAACCUGUUGGACAUCCCUGCCCUAUAGAAUUUUAGCUGGUUGCACAAACCAGAUGAAUUGUCACUGAGUGACUUGUCCUAUAGUUAGUUCUUUAAAGAGUUAACUGUAGUCAUCUCCAGUUCCUGAAUCUAAAUCUGUUUUUAAACUUUAACACGUUAAUUAUCUCUUUGAAUGCCAGGUUAAGGGCAGUACCUUUUAUAUAACUUGGCUAUACAGUGGUACCUCAGGUUAAGUACUUAAUUCGUUCCGGAGGUCCGUUCUUAACCUGAAACUGUUCUUAACCUGAAGCACCACUUUAGCUAAUGGGGCCUCCCGCUGCCGCUGCGCCGCCAGAGCACAAUUUCUGUUCUCAUCCUGAAGCAAAGUUCUUAACCUGAAGCACUAUUUCUGGGUUAGCAGAGUCUGUAACCUGAAGCGUAUGUAACCCGAGGUACCACUGUAAUACUUUUGCCCCAUACAAUACUUUUUUUACAAGCCAGAGGAGAAUUAGACUUGUUUUAAAUGUGACACUGGUAAAUAACAAUAACUUAAAUAUGCACUAUUCUAUAUACCAGCUGGUGUAUAGAACGCGGGUGGCACUGUGGGUUAAACCACAGAGCCUAGGACUUGCUGAUCAGAAGGUCGGUGGUUCGAAUCCCAGCGACGGGGUGAGCUCCCGUUGCUCAGUCCCUGCUCCUGCUCCUAGCAGUUUGAAAGCAUGUCAAAGUCCAAGUAGAUAAAUAGGUACCGCUCCGGCGGGAAGGUAAACGGUGUUUCCAUGCGCUGCUCUGGUUCGCCAGAAGCGGCUUAGUCAUGCUAGCCACAUGACCUGGAAGCUGUAUAUCUCGGCCAAUAAAGCGAGAUGAGCGCCGCAACCCCAGAGUCGGUCACAACUUUACCUAAUGGUCAAGGGUCCCUUUACCUUUACCUUAUAUACCAGCUGUUUCAUUUAAGCCAAAUUACCUUCUUGCAUUUGCUGCACUAUAAUGGCUAGAACAGAGUCGGUCAUGACUGGACCUAAUGGUCAGGGGUCCCUUUACCUUUACCUUAAUGGCUAGAACCUGUGGCUCAAGCGGAUACCAUAGCAGCAUGCUAAAGGGAAUGCUGUGGUCAUAGUCUGUCUUGAUUUCAGUAAGGUUUCUGACAAAGUCUGACAGUAUUCUUGCAGAGAAGCUGGUAAAAUUUGGGCUGGAUCAGGUAACUGCUUGAGUGACCAAACACAUAAAGUGCUCACUGGUGGUUCCUCAUCAUCCUGGAGAAAAAUGACAAGUGUGGUUCCACAGGGUUCUGUCAUGGGCCCUUUUUUCAACAGUUUUAUAAACGACUUGGAUGCAAGAAUUGAGGGGAUGCUCAUAAAAUUUGCAGAUGGCACCAAGUUGGGAGGAGUACCUAAUGCUGCAGAAGACAGAAUUAGGAUCAAGAUGACCAUAACAGAUUGGAGAACUGGGCCCAAGCUUACAAAAUGAAUUUCAGUAGGGACAAAUAAAAGGUUCUGCACUUAAGCAGGAAGAACCAGCUGCACAAAUAUAGGGUGUGGGAUCACUUGGCUUGCCAGUAGUUUGUAGGGAUCUGACCAGGAUUUAAUGAGGAUGAGCAGGGGUUAAAUCCUGAUGCUUUGGCCAGCAAGAGAAGUGGCACAUGUGGCUAAACUGAGCAGGAUUUAACUACCGCAUGAGCCAAUAUUGCUUUGUUUAGCUGCUGGGAACAGGCACACAGGUCAGUGCAGAAUUAAAUCCCAACCUUCCCAUUGGCCAACAACUGACAUCAUCAGCCCAUCAGAGUGAUAUAAGCUGAUUGGUCAGUGGGCAUGUUUUUGGACUUUAUAGGCCAGACUGGACCCUCUAAAGGGCCAGUAUUGGCCCACAGACCACUAUAAGACAAACAGCAGGUUUUUCUCUCUCUAAUGGUCUAGUCCAGUGUUUUUCAACCUUUUUUGGGCAAAGGCACACUUGUUUCAUGAAAAAAAUCACGAGGCACUCCACCAUUAGAAAAUGUUAAAAAAUUUAACUCUGUGCCUAUAUUGACUAUAUAUAAAGUAAUUCUCUUGAAUAGGAAUCAAAUAAACACAAAGAAAGUAUUUUAUAAUUACUUUAUUAUGAAAUAGUAAGUAAACAGAAAUAUGAAAAAUUAUAAAAUACUUUAUUCAGUGCGCAACCUGGAAUAGGCAUGGCACAAGUGAUGGAAUAGGCAUGGCACAGAUGGUAUAGGCAUGAGGAGGAGGAGGACUGACAGGAGGACUCACUUACCGGGCUGCUGCUGCUGCACAGGGCUGGACUCACUCGUCUCUCUUCCGAGACCCGACCGUGACCGACUGGUUCCAGAUGACCUCCUCACCUCACGCUGCACCUGCGGCCUGGUCUGGAUCCGGAUGCGGUCUCUCUGCAGUGCCGACUCCCGCCGAGUCCUGGUCUCCGUCCGUCUCCUCCUGCUCCGGUCCUCCUGGUGACUCGAGUCGCGACGUCUUCUUCUCUCCGCUGCUGCGCACACUGUGCUCGGGCGGGAAGGAAGUCGGAAGAUGAUGUCCUACUGUGAUAGGUCCAGGCUGGAGUUUGGACCAAUCACAGCCCGGACAUCAGAAAAGUGGAGGGUGUCCCCCUGAGGAGCGCCAAUUGGCGCCCCUGCUGGCAGAGGGUGGGGUCAAUCCCCCCCAUACCCAGGACACAGUCCGGCGCCCGCCUAGUGGGCGAAAAUUUGAAUUAUUUUUUUUUAAUCUUUCGAAUUUUUCAAUUUUUCCCACAGCACACCAGGCAACAGUGGUUGAAAAACACUAGUCUAGUCACUGUCUUCUCAAUACUGUGACAGUUUUCGUUUUUCCCCUUUAAAUAAUUUUGAAAUUUUCCAUUUGUGUCAGAACACUGAUAAAAUCAUGUAGCAGUUACUGGUUUUGUUACUGGCAAGAAAAGAGAAAUAUGUUUCUUUCAUUCUUUAGCGUGGUCACAUUGGUUAUUCCCUACCCUGUACUGGCUAAGAGGCAGCACUGGUAAAAAUGACAGGCAGAGUCACUUGAUUAAUGAAAAGGCUCCGGCUGACUCUGGUCUGCAGGGCUUGUUUGUAGAUUGGUGGCUGCAAGGCUAAUUUAUGCAGUCUUGCUAUUUGGACCCAAUUUUGCAUGCCAGCUCUUUGGGAACAUGUGUCCAUGUAUAUCCAUUCACAUCUGCACAUGUGUACAGUCAACUGCUGCUCCAUGUAUAUCUAACUGCACAUGCGGUGGUAGAAAAAUACAUGCGUCUACACUGAGGACACUGAGCAGUUUUUCUAUCUCUCCUGGGUUCAUAUCUUCCAGUUGUGCAGUAGGUCAAUAGCAUAACAUUUUGGCUAACCCUAGUGCUUGAAACAGAUACUUGUAUUUACCUGCUUGUCUGGUAGGUCAGGUAAGUGACAAGGAAUUCCAUACUGAUGAAUGAGUGGCCCAGCAGAAAAGGAAUGACUCUCUCAACCUUUCUCCACCAAUCAACUUGGUUUUCGUUCUGGCCAUUGAGGAAGGGAAACACAUUCAUUCUCUGCUGGCCUGCUUGGUAAAAAGCAUUUUAAAAAACUAGUCACUAUUAGUAGUCCUCGGUUCUAUGCUGUCAUGGAAAAUAGGGUUCCACUCCUCUGUAAUGAAUGUGGAAAUACAGGCUACUAGCCUCUUAGCAGACUAGUAAAAAAAGUAGGCUAGUAAUUCUUGUAGGCCUAUUUACAAGGCGAUCAUGUCACUUUGUGACAGUUUUAUGUAAAAAGUUUCCAAGGAAUAAAUAAUUAAAUGCAGUUUCAUUAGCAAAGUGUUAUGUCGGUUAAGGAUUAAGCCUUAUCAGUUUUGCAACUACAUCAUUUGCAUAUUACUCUGAAGUAAGUUUCACUAAGUAUGAAGGUGUUUACUUCCAAGUAAGUGUGCUUAGUAUUGCAGCCUUAGAAGCUAAUUUUGAACAGUAUGGAUAUCCUAGGCCAGAUUCACAGAGAUAGAAGUGUAAUGACAGUUCCAUUUCUAAUUAUGUACAUUAGCAUUGUGUUGAUUGUCAUGUUGUUGAUUGUUGUCCAGUACAUCCACAUCAGUACUGGAAACAAUGUUUAAAUGUCAAGAGAAGGUAGCAAAUACUCUGAAUUUUUAAUAAACACUGGUUCUCUUUCUGCCAUAUUAAAACCAAGGUUACUUAUGUUCUGUAAAUAAAUAGGACUGAAUCCAGAGUAAAGGGUACCAAUGCAGUUUCAGUUUAAAUGUGCAAGUGCAGUAGAGCAAGUAAGGCAUAGUAUUUUAAAAGAUUACCUGGAAAUAAGUUACGGUCUUGUAGUCUUGGAUAAUAGAUCUGUGCUUGCAUAUUUGCAUUUCACAUUUGCCUUUAACUGAUGUGAGUUUCAGUUCUGUAUCUUGCCAAGUGGGGGGAAAAUACUUGCCUUGUGUAUGUUAAGCAACAUGAAGUGGCUGUUACAUAAUUACAACUCUGGAUAGUUGAAUUGGUAGGGGGAGCUAUGUUUAUUAUUGAAACUUGCUAUAUUAUUAAAACAUGUGAGCAGUGUUUCUGUGGCAGUAAAGCAGGAUUAUUUUAAACUAUAAGGCACUCUUAAUUUCCAACCUUCCCAUCGUUUUAACGGUAUUUAAUGUAUUGUUUAAAAUAUGCUUAUGGAGUGUUAUAUUUGAGAAAUUCAGCUUUGGUUUUUGAUUGCAGAAAAUAUUUGAUAGUACUAAUGCAAAAGAAAAAAAUAUAGCCUAAAUGUUCAGCAUGAUACAGUGAGGGGGGAAAGUAUUUGAUCCCCUGCUAAAUUUGCCCAUUUGCCCUCUGACAAAGAAAUGACCAGUCCAUAAUUUUAAUGGUAGGUUUAUUAUAGCUGUGAGAGACAGAAUAACAACAGGAAAACCUCCAGAAACCCAGAAGACAAAAGUCAGAGAUUGAUGUGCAUUAUAAUGAGUGAAAUAGCUAUUUGAUACCCUGUAAACCAGCCAGAUGUCAGGCUACCUGGUAUCUUCACUGUAUGUAACGAGCUGAGAUUAGAAGCACCUGCUGUAAGGGAGAGGUCUUACCUGUAAUCCCAGCUUAUUACAGUACCUGUAUAAAAGACACCUGUCGACAGAAGCAAUCAAUCCAGCAGAUUCCAAAGUAGUCACCAUGACCAAGACCAAAGAGCUGUCCAAGGAUGUCAGGGGCAAGAUUGUAGACCUGCACAAGGCUGGACUGGGCUACAAGACUAUUGCCAAGCAGCUUGACAAUGACCCAAAACACACGGCCAAGGCAACAAAGGAGUGGCUUAAGAAGAAGCUCAUUAAGGUCUUGGAGUGGCCUAGCCUGCCUCCAGAUCUUUAUCCCAUCAAAAAUCUGUGGAGGGAGCUGAAGGUUUGAGUAGCUACACAUCAGCCUCAAAAUCUUACUGACUUGGAGAGGAUCUGCAAAGAGGAGUGGGACAAAAUACCUCUUGAGAUAUGUGCAAACCUGGUGGCAGCCUACAAGAAACAUCUGACCUGUGUAAUUGCCAACAAGGGUUUUGCUACCAAGUACUAAGUCAUCUUUUGCAAAGGAAUCAAAUACUUAUUUCGCUCAUUAUAAUGCACAUCAAUCUCUGACUUUAGUCUUCUGGGUUUCUGGGGGUUUCCCUGUUGUUAUUCUGUCUCUCACAACUACAAUAUACCUACCAUUAAAAUUAUGGAAUGGUCAUUUCUUCGUCAGAGGGCAAAUGGGCAAAUUUAGCAGGGGAUCAAGUACUUUCCCUCCUCACUGUAGCAUCUUGUAAAAGUGCUUUGUAGAGAGUGUUACAGAAAUAUAUAUUGGUAUAAAUAAAUCCCUGUGUAGCACUGAUUUGUUUAAUACAGUGCUUGUUUCAAAAGUGAAUUAGUUCUCCUCAAAUUCAUGUUGUCCAAAAAGGAGAUAGUUCGGUUAAAGUUCACACUUUUACAAACUGUCUUUUAAAUACCUAGCCAUGCACCUGCAUACCAUGAUUUUGGCACUAUAUAAAGAAGCCUCUGGUUUUCUCUUCCUUCUGCAUUGUCAUUCCCUCCUGGCCUCCAUGGUUUGUGGCAAAACAUAGGUUCCCCUUCCUUUCAAAUCAGCAAGCCAUGCUUUGGAGCAGGAAGUUGGAGAGAAAAAAUGCAGUAUGCAUGGGGGGAAGGGAGCCCAACUGUGGCUCAUUCUAUGAUGAUUUAUUUAGUGCAGGGGUCGUCAAGGUUUACCUCGCCUGGGCUGGUUCACUCCUGCGGAGAUCCGUCUGUGGGCUGGAUCGCACACAUGCAUGAGCGCACUGCGUCUGUGUCUGCGCAGACGCAAUUUCUGGCAACAUGGAAGUGAGUCCCUGCGCCACGUUGCACUGGUUUAGCGCAGUGUGCGGGGACUCGCCAAGUGGGUGGCUCGGUUUGGGGGCGGCUCGUGGGCUAGUUAAACGACCCUCAUGGGCCACUUGUGGCCCAUGGGCCUUAGGUUGCUGACCCCUGGUUUAGCACCAAACCAUGAUUUGGUAUUACAUUUUGAUGAAACCAGAAUGUGGAGGCAAGAGAUGCAGAUCUCCAAAUGAAUGAUCAUGGCCCAAUGCAGUAUCUUUGGCUCACAUUCGCUGUAUGUAGGAGAUAUAUAUUCCCUUUGUUAUGCAUUACAUUUCUCCUCUAGGGGACAAAUAUAAGCACAACUACUGCUGCAAAAUAAAAUUUCUUAGUGUAGCCUGCAGCAUCUCAUGUAACUCUUGAAAGUGUGCCUUCAUUUCUUGGCAAAACUAGAGCAGCUACAUCACUCUUCUGACAGUUUAGUACUGUCCAGGCUGAUUCUUGAGGUUGGUAGUGUUACAUCGUACAGGUGACCACCAUAGGUGUUGCGUGAUGUAGUUACAUACAGUGAAAUGUCAGCAGGACUAAAUCCUUGGUGGCAUGGUAUGACUGAGUGGCAUUUUCCAACCCUUCCCUUCUAUAUUCACAUAUAGCACAUUUUUUAUUAACAUGGUCUAGUGGCAGUCAUUCUUUUAUUGAAUUAUUUUUGUUGAAUUAACAUUGGAUCAUGAUAUGGAAGUGUUAGAAUCCUUUUUUGAGCAUUUGUGGUCAACAUAGCCUGGCAGAAAUCUGUUGUCUAAAUCUGGCAGCGUAUUGUGCAGUUUAGAUAAAAUCUUAUUUGGGGUAUGUGUGACUAGCAUGGAAAUUGUUUCCAAUUACCAAGUUAAGCAGACCCACAUGUAUACUCAAUUUUUUCAGAAACUUUAAUAUGCUGAAUGCAAAACUAUUGAAAAUGUAGUUAAGCAUUUUUAUAUAAAAUUGUUUUAAUUGUUAGAUCGGUUUAAGAUUUUACAGGAAAUGAUUAAUAAAUGGAAUGAAAAUAAAUAACGGUAGUGAAAACUAUGGUUUAAUUAGUAAAGUGUGUUGUAGUUGCAGAUAAACUGCCCAUGUGUGCGUGUUGAUGGCGGUCAUAGGAAAUGUAGAUGUGACAAAAGACAUUGAUCUCUUGCUCCCACCAUUUCCUAUAAUAAGCCCAAACGGUCAUGUAUCUCAAGUACCGUAUUUUUCGUCCCAUAGGACGCUCCAUCCCAUAGGACACACCUAGUUUUUUGGGGGGGAAAUAAAGGAAAUUUUUUUUCCCUUGAUUCCCCCUCCCAAAAAUCAGGUCGGGGAAACCGAACCAGGUCGAGGAACAGCGGGAUGGCGGCGCUGCGCCUCCUUGCUGUACCCCGAGCUUGUGGGGCUGGCCGAUGUCUGUCCAGCGCGUGGGGCGCUCUGCUUCAGGGCGCGCCGGGCGGCAGGCUGCUAUCCGCAGCUUGGGGAGUCCUGCGGGGAACUCCUAGGCUGCGGAUGUGUUCCCGAAGCGCCAAGCGCUCUGCUUUCAGCGCGCCCGGCGCUCCGGGAAGCAGGCUGCUAUCCGCAGCCUAGACAGCCCUGCGGGAACUCCCGCAGGGCUGCCUAAGCUGCAGAUGUGUUCCUGAAGCCUGGAGAGCGAGAGGGGUCGGUGCGCACCGACCCCCUCGCUCUCCAGGCUUCAGCGAAAGCCUGCAUUUGCCCCAUAGGACGCACCCAGAUUUCCCCUUCAUUUUUGGAGGGGGAAAAGUGCGUCCUAUAGGGCGAAAAAUACGGUAUCUCCUGCCAAGUAUUUAAAGCCCAGGAUGUCUACCUGGAAAAUGAGACAUACAUGAGCUACAGGCCACUCCCUCCAAGGAUUGGGGAGAGAGCUUUUAAAAACUGGGCUGUCAUUGCAGCUUUGUUCCUCCCACCAUGGGGGGGGGCAGGCCAGAUCUUCCUAUGCACUGCUCAGAGAAGCUGGCCACAAGCUCUGCUAACUUGCAACUAGACGGACAGCAUUAGUAAGUAGAAUAGAAGUAAUCAGAAUUUGGGAUCAUCGGGCUACUUUUGCUUUGAUUAUUUUUAUUGGAUCUUACAGAAGUUUCACAAUCAAACUAGUGGAGUCUUUGUGGGUUUUCCAGUCUCAGGAUUCAGGAAUCAUCAUAUGCCUAGAUCAUUUUGGGUUUUAUGGUACUAUUGGAGAUCUAAGACCAAAGAGUUGGUAAUGUUAGGAAUCUGCUCUAUUCUCAGGGAGGCGCUGAGGACUGGAGCACUGGCUUUACGUUCUGCAUAAAUUGCUAGGAAUUGGCUGGAGGUGCCAGGGUCUAGGAUCCCCAAGUCUCAUUGUUAAUUGGACAUACCUUGUUUUCUCUUUUUCUGGGGCUGUAAGUUACCUUCAGAAGUGGAUGGUGCCAGAAACUACUGGAUAGGAAUGCACUGCAGAGCUGUCAGAUGGGCAGUACUGAAAAGGCUUUUCUGAACCUCCUCCCUUAUCUACAGUAUUUACUGUGAACCCAAUUUUGUGGCACAAAGUCUGUUUAAGAGGCAGACAUUGCUGGAAUUUGCAGUAUUAGGACUUGCUCUCGAGUUCGAGGCUUAUCAGUUAUUUUACAGUUACUGCUUUAUUGCCAUGGCCUACAGGCCUCUGUUGAGAACUAGCUCUGCUUUAGACCAAAUGUAGUUUCCAGAGCACCUGGUGGGCGACCACAUGAAGGACUCAACUUGAAAGAGACCACUAGAAUCCAGAAAUCAGCACCCCCCUGCAAUAAUCAGUUUAACAGAUUUUAUAUUUGAUCUGCAUAGAAAACAUAGGUGUAAUGGAAAUCAUUUUAAUGUGUGGUUCCUUGUUGGUUUUCUAAUUUGCAGAGACUGCAAGCUAGGAAAUUACAACACACUAUUUAGACUUCACAGAGUUGGCUGGUAUCACUGAUUAUGUUAAAGUGUCUUCAUUUAUAAUUUCUAAUAUUUUCUGACUACUUAUAUUAUUGCCCUUAUUGUUACUUAAUAUGCCUCAUAGAAUCCUCUAAUCUAUGCAGCAGUAAUGAAAUGCGUUACAUAUAAAACAUGUCUUACAAUCCUAGGAUGUGUAUAUAUUUUUGACCAGCAUUUAGAUUAUAUUUCAAAUCAAAAUUUUGAAAAUAGUUUUUAAUAUAGAAAACUAGUAUGAAUAAUUACCAAUUGUUAUGUAGGUUAAAUCCGUUCAUAUUUAAAAUGUGAGGAUCUGUUGAAAAAUUGAGGAAAAUGCUGUCCUGGCCCCCCCCCCCCAAAAUAAAUCUUAAGUAUAAAGGACUUGAGCUUGUGAUAUACUUGGGCUAUGUUCAUGAGAUUAGUCAGCAUUAGACAUCUAGAAUACUUUUAGCUGCUCCCUACCAGAACUUUUGAUGAAAUGAAUGAAUAAGAAGUUUUAUUUGCUUUAUUUAUUGAUAAAUGACAAAUUCCAGUGUGAUAACCGAGUGAGGGUUUUUGUUUUGUUUUGUUUUUGCAGCAAAAACAAGUUAUUGUGGUAUUUUAAAGACUAAAAUAGAUUUAUUAUGGGUGUAAUUCUCAUGAUCAUUUGGCCCCAUUGCUACUUUUUAUUUUAUUUUGCACUACCACACAUGUGUGAAACUAAGGAGUUAAUGCUUCAUGCAUCAGAAGUGAGGCUAGUUCUCUAAAGCUCAUGCCCCAAUAUUUUUUUUACUUUUUAACGUGCCACAGCGCUCUUUUGGUUCUCUUUGAUAAACUAACAUUUAUAUAUACCAAGGCUCCAUUUGAGAGAGCUUUUACGCACUUGUAGCUGGAAUAUUAUAGUAACUUCUAGCUUAGAAUUCCCCGUCUGUGAAAAUACUGAUGUACAAAUUGAAAAUUAGAUUGCAUCAAAACUUUUUGCAUAGUAGUUUGAUAGAUUUAAUUAAAUUAAAUUAAAAUAUAAUUUAUCAUAGUAAUAUAUUUUAGGCACUGCUUGAUUUAAUCUGAAUGCCUCAAUGCUUACAUUUCAAGAGGUUAAAAUUUAUUGUAUUUGUCCUGGCUUUUAAAGUUUUUUAUUUUAUUUUAAAUCAGUCAGGCUGAGAAAAAUCUCUUUAUCACAGGCUGUAUGCCUACAAACGCAGUGAACCUCUGAAACUACAACCUGGCUUGAAGCAAGCCCUGUUACCUGGUAUGUUGCAUGGUUGCGGUAACUGUUCCAUGCUUACUGCUCCUUGCAUUGUCCUUAUGGUCAAAGUAGAUGUUUUGUAUCAGUGUUAGCACAGCUUGUGCAUCUCCCCAUCAGGGGACAUUAAACAGUGAGGUGAAACUGGAAACAUGAGGCAUAAGUCAGAAUAAAUUGAAACUGACUCAUUUGAGUACAUUAAUAUCAGUUAUGACUGCUGACAGCAAAAUAUGCCAAAUGAAUGUUUCAUUAUUUAGAAAAUUCGUGUCUUCAGGUCUGCCUCAUACUGGUACCAGUGGUUCUAAAUAGAUAGUGCUAGUUUUCCAGGUCAUGAAUGCUUUGAAUGGAAUUAAUAUUUAAUCUCCAUUAGUCUGGCAUUAAGUAAAGUAGGCCUUUAAAUUGGUGAUUCUUGCGGAAAAUGUUGAGUUCAUUCUUGUUCAGCCGGGUAUAAUGCUGAUGUUGCCACUAAAGCAAAAAGCUUCUACAUGAAAUCACUUCUACAUUAUUUUUAAAAGGCAACUAGAGUAAGAAAGUGUUAUGAAUUUUUAAUACAUUGUGGUAUAAAAUCUAUUUAUUUUCAUCUAAAGCUGUUGGGUGACAUACUGCAAGGAGGUUGCUAAGCUCACUUCAUAUACUUCAUUCUUUUUACAUGUUUUAUUCACUUUUAAGGCUGUAUAGAGAAGUGGGGAAUGGAAAGGAUGUCAUUCUGUGAACAAAAAAUAUAUAUCAAAGAUUGGGACUGCUUCUGGCCUAGGUUGGUCAUAAGCACAACACUUAAUUUAUAUACAGAACUGUAUUCUUCAGUUUAUUAAUGAAUGUUUAUGUAUUUCUGGUGAAGCACCUUGCUCUCUCCACCACUGUCAGGGGCUUAACCCUCUUUCCUCAUGGAAUCUGAACCUCUCAAGCAGGGGCAGGGAACCUGUGGUCCUCCAGAUUAUGCUGAAGUACAGCUUCCAUCAUCCCUGACCUCUGGUAAUGCUGGCUGGGGUUAAUGAGAGUUGGAGUGAAAUAAUGCACAGGUUUCCCACCCCUCCUAAAAGGUAGUAGAAAAUAUGCUGGUACAGUGGUACCUCAGGUUAAGUACUUAAUUCGUUCUGGAGGUCCGUUCUUAACCUGAAACUGUUCUUAACCUGAAGCACCACAUUAGCUAAUGGGGCCUCCCACUGCCGCCGUGCCACCGGAGCACAAUUUCUGUUCUCAUCCUGAAGCAAAGUUCUUCAGGUUAAGAAGCACUAUUUCUGGGUUAGCGGAGUCUGUAACCUGAAACGUAUGUAACCUGAAGCGUAUGUAACCUGAGGUACCACUGUAGUUGGGUUAGAGAGAGGGUUGUAUAAGGGAAGAAGGUGUAAAAAAGCAGUGUGGUGGAAGGAAAGUGAACAUACGUUGCUGGUUUUUGUUACUACAGUGGAACCUCGGAUGUUGAAUGUCUCUGUUGACGCAUGUUUUGGCUUUCAAAUGCUGAAAACCCAGAAGUAACUGCUUCGGUUUUCGAACGAUUUUUGGAAGCUGAAUGUGCCUCACGGCUUCCUUUUUGAGUUUCCCUAUUGUAUUGAGGCUUCCACUUUCAGCUUUCAAAUGUUUAGGAAGCCGAACGGUCUUCUGGAAUGGAUUACAUUCGAAAACCGAGGUUCCAUUGUAUAUACCAUACCUUUGACAGAGACAGAAAGUAAGUGCUCGUUAGUUGUUUUGUAAGUGUUGCUAACUAUAUUUCAUUCUUUCUGCUCUUGUGAAAUGAUCACAUCAACCCAUUUGUGGUGGUUUGCAGCAGAAAGUAGAAAGGAUGUAACUCCUGCAGUAGUGAGUUUCCAGGGAAAAGGUAGUAAGAGCACUUCUGUGAUUUUACUGGGAAGUAGUUUUAGUAAUUUCCAUACAACACCUCCUAAGCUGAAAAGAACUUGGAAUCCUCUCCAAGUGUAAUGAUUCCUUCCUUUCAUUGCCACCAACUGAUUAGCCAAUUGGUGUUCUGUUGUUGCCAAGCCAGGAAGAAGGCACUUUACCCUUUCCUUUUCUUCAGGCACAAGGCCUGCUUGUGGCAGUCGCCUGUGCUAUUUGGUACAGGGAGGAGGGUUUCUAUCUUGUGCUAGCCUUCCACUUUGAGAAGAGUAUACUUUAUCUAAAGGAGGAUAAACUGGGGAGGGUGGGCAGAGAGAAGUACUAAUGUGCUUAAUUUAUUUGGUUAAGAUAAUAUUGCCAAUUAGCAUAAGGAAAGCAUCCAAUAGUGUGUGAUAUGUCUUCAGUUAAUUGGCACUAUCCAGUCACACUAUUUGCUUCUUAGUUACAGAAGUCUGAAGCUUUUUUUUAACACACUCUCUCUCUCUCCCCCCCUCUCUCUCAAUAGUUCCUUCUGUUUUAAAACUUGGCUUAAUAUACUCUUGCUUUGACCUCUAGUAAUACUUACUGUCAACAUAAAAACAUAAAGAGCUAAGGAAGAAAGAAAGGCAAUGUUUGUUUGCAGUUUUACAAUCUAAUGGAAAAACAGCUUGCUAUGGAAUACAAUAUACCUGUUUAAUGGUGGUGUUCAGAUUUGUUGAAUAACAGGCUGCAUUUUCUGCAAUAUUAUCAAAUAAAACUUUGCCACAUGAUUCUGUUAUCUAGGCCUUAUGAUAAUUUACCUACCUCUCAAUUUAUGCCCUUACACUUUGAUAAGUGAAAGAUUUACGAGUUCUCUACAGUUUACUGACUAUAUAAUUAAAUUAUAGGCAUACAGGUCACUUGCAAUUUACAUCUGGUUCGCCAGAAGUGGCUUAGUUAUGCUGGCCACAUGACCCAGAAGCUGUCUGUGGACAAACGCCGGCUCCCUCGGCCUAUAGAGCGAGAUGAGCACGCAACCCCAGAGUCCUCCGCGACUGGACCUAACGGUCAGGUGUACCUUUACAUUGUGGGGAUGGUGUGUAUUCACAAAACCACAUAUAGUUGAGCCCCCCCCAAACAAUCCUUACCUUCUGGAGGUAGCAUGUGAUACAGGUCUUAACCCACAAGCAAGGUAGAAAAGGUUUUGACUCUCUGCCUUGCUUACUGGGUUCUGGGAGGCUCAAGAGGGAACAAGCUCAAGUUCUUUAUUUAGUAGAUGUAUACCUUGUCCACCAGACUUUAGCCCCGCCGAAAGUCUAGCAAUAACAUGCAGCACCACAUAGAAUAACAUGGUUUGCUCUGUUUCAUAAUUGGAUUUCAUCUGUCACUUGCCUGCAGCCAUUCCUUAAGGCUGCAGCAGAGAAGACAAGACAAAGGAUACAGGGUGCCUCCACUUGUGCAGCUGAGACAGCAACUUUUGGUGUUUCCUUUCCUUGAACUUUUGCACCCCAGCUGGUGAUGAGAAGAACUUGUAACUUGUCUUAUGGUUAUAUAUGUAACUUCUGAUAAUUUUCCUUAAAAGGUGCAGUUGCAACUUAAGAGUUCCUGAAGAUUUUUUUUCUUCUUCUUUUAGUUGUGUCAGAGUAGAAGAGCACCAUGCUGUUGACAUUGAUCUGUACCACUGUCCCAAUUGUGCAGUUCUUCAUGGACCCUCCUUGAGUAAGUAAUGAUUUAUAAGCAGUGAUGCAUGUUGUGGUUUUUUUUUUAAUAAUAAUUUAAACCUCACCUUUCAGUUCUUAAAAAGGCCCUUUUGGGGGCUUGCAUGUAUGAAAAACAGAUAUAAAAGCAAAGCCAUUAAUUACACAUGGCAGAAAGAAGCUUAGAAUAGGCCAAAUACCUGGUGAAAUAAAGAGAGUGCCCAAAAACUGUAAGAGGAGGCCAACUGAGGAGAGAGUUCCCUAAGGAGGAAGUUCCACAUCUUUAGGUGCCAUGGCCACCUAAAGAUUAUUCCCCAUGUCCCAUGUAACCGUACUUCUGAAGCUCAACAGGGCAUGGAACUAUGUGUAAGAUAACAUGUGCAGUUUUGUGUGGGUGGAGAUGGUACUGCAGAAAUCCUGGUAGCAAAUCAUUUAGGUCUUUUAUAUAUAACUACUGUAUAUAAGCAAACCAAAAGCCAGCACAGAUUAAACAAAACUGGAGUAAUAUCGUCGUACCUUGGAUCUCAAAUGCCUUGCAACUCGAACAUUUUGGCUCCCAAACACAGCAAACCCGGAAGUGAGUUUUGCGAACAUUCUUUGGAACUCGAACGUCUGACAUUGCUUUCACGGCUUCCAGUUGAGUGCAGGAAGCUCCUGCAGCCAAUCGGAAGCUGCGCCUUGGUUGUCGAACAUUUUUGGAAGUCGAAUGGACUUCCAGAAUGGAUUCUAUUUGACAACCAAGGUACAACUGUAUGCUAAAAAAAUAAAAAUAAUUUUCAGCCAUUCUGAUUGCAUUUUGCAUUGGGAGCAAUAUGAGUUCUUUUCAAGGGUAUUGUAGAAUGCAUUGCAGUCCAGAUAUAACAAAGGGAGGUGUGACAGUGGCCAUAUUUGUUUUAUUGAGAAAAGACUGCUGCCAUAGCAGCCUGACCUGUGCAAAUAAACUGCAUUACAUGGGUUAGCCAUGAUGCAGCAUUCCAUACGCACCAGUAUUCUUACACCUUUUAGCUCCAAACUGUGGUUUGCAACUAUGCUUAAGAAUUUUGCAAACUGUGAUUUGAGUUACCUGCAGUUUGUGAAAGUUGACAUAAUGCUGCAUCAUGGUCAGCUCUGAACAUGAAAGGGAAGUGGAGGAGUAUGUGAGCAUGUGGGGUCCUUCUGAUCUCCUUUGCUGGCAAAGCUGGUUUCUUGACUUGGAAACAUUCAUCAUAGAUCAUAGAAUCAUGGAGUUGGAAGGGACCACUUGGGUUCAACCCCCUGAAAUGCAGGCUUUUUUUGCUCAAGGUGGGGCUCGAACCCACGACACUGAGACGAAGUCUUGUGCUCUACCAACUCAACAUGUGUUUCUAUAGAAACAGAAGAAGCAUCUUUUUAGUCUGAUGUUCACAGAUUACAUAUAAUACAUUCUUAUUCUAAACAAAUAAUGAGUUUACUGUCCCCAGCAAUAGCUCACACAGGGAAACCCUUUCAUCAUCUGGUUCUAGAAUGCCAAGUGCACUCUUAAAAUGUGCAGUACUAGAUCAUGUUUUCUUUACUGUCUGUUCAGAAUGAGCUAUAGCUCUAAAUGGUGAGCUUUCAUUCAGGAGAGUUUUACUUACUAGAUCUUAGCAAUGCUAUCCAUUUCAGAAUUUCCCAAAGGUUUGGUGGUUUUUUGCUUUUUACACAUUCUGUAAAAUGUGUCUGAUCAGUAGCCCUCAGAAUACCAUCAUUUCCAGUAUGAAAUUAACUAUGCUAUUCCUUGCUGAAUCUUGAUUGGAGUAUCAGUUAAGCUCCCAGCCUCUUGGCCUGUUGCUCCAAAUCUUCCUGUUGAGCUUGGUGUCCCUUUCAAGGCCCUGAAAUAGGUUCCAGAAUGCUGGAGCCAUUUAGCAGAUGGCUGUUAAGAUUUGGUGCUCUCUAGCAUGCACAUAUAGGGCCUAUUGUGGUUGUUAGGAAACAGUCACACCCAGCAAAGAACAGAGGAUUCCUUUACCAUGCAAGAAGGCCAAGCAGACCAGUCAGCAGAUCACUGGACUUUCUAUGGCACUGUGUUAAAGGGUGAUUGCCAGGCCAAUCUGAUUGUACCUGAUGAAGGUACAGGGUGAAACACUCUGUUCAGGACUGAAAGUCCUGGCCUGCUUUGUGACUGUAUUGUGAUAAGAAAUAGAUCCAUCCUGAAUAAAUAGAUCAUCCUGAUUUCACAUAUCUUGAUCUGCCCAAAUAGCUGUAGUUGUGUAGUAUCCUAAGAAUCUUAAUUUAGUUUUUGUCACUAAUGGUAAAGCAAAAGAAUCUGUUAGCUGCUUUCAAAUAUCAUUGAGGAAUUGCAUUUGGAAAGCUGCAGGGAAGCUUCUAAGACAGGCAGAUGUGCUUAAGUCACCUUCUGGCCUUCCUUCUCAAUCUGGGAAAGUUGAGGAGUCGGGUGGGUGUGCCUAGGAGCCCCUCUCCAGUUUAAGCCUCAAAUAAUUCCCUUUGAGAGGUUAACAGUUGGAAGAUGAAACUGAAAUUAAUGCUUCAUGGACUUUUAUCUAUGAUUUAUUCCUGAAUAUUAUUUGAACCCCCAUUAAACAUUAAGCAAUGUUUAACAUUGCUUCUCAGGGUAGGUUACAAUGUUUAUCUGUUUGAAAAUGUGUUUUCUUAAGUGUCCUUUAGAAGGUGCAGUAUAAAAUUCAUAGCUCGGGCUAAUAAUUUUAGGAUAAUUGCUUAUAAUAUAUUAUACCACCUUGAACUUACAGAUAAAUGAGAUGUUUGCCUUUCUGAAAGUUAUUGCAAAGGUACACUGGACUCUAAUAGAUUUCUUGUUUUAAUCUUUUCAUAUGUGUGAUACUGUUGAAUUGCGAUUUUGUUUUUAUUUCUCUUAUUGAAGCUAACCUAAUAUUUGUUAGAAUAAGUAUUGAAAACUUUGACCACAGUAAUCUUUACCUUUAAAAAAAAUGCAAUUUAUAACUACUGGCAAGUAAUACUAGCCUGUUAAUCCACAUACCAAUUUGUUCUAUAGAGAAGUUCAGUUACAUCAGAGGCUUUGUCUUGUGUCUUUUGUAGUGCAGCUGCCCACCUUAAUAACUGUCAGAUAACAUUGGCUGCUUUCCAAAGUGGUCACUGAGCUUGAAGAAACAGGUGUGUACACAUGGAAAGAAUGAUAUGCAUCAUUCCGCACAGAAAUAUGCACACCCAAGGCACACACGAAACGACUGCCACAUGGAAGUCUCCCUUAAGUGGUUGCCUAUGGCAGCUGCCUUGCUACAGCAAGCUGUUUUCAUGUAUACUACAGGCUACUACAAAGCUCUUAAUAUUUGCUAUACAGAAAAUGUACCAAGUCUUUGUGAUGAGCUGCCACAUAAAAUGGUUUGGAGUAUGAAGCCAGUUUUCGUUUUUGUUUUUUUAAAAAGAGCCAUUGAAAGUGGUUUCUGUGUAUCGGCCAUCCUGUGUGCACUGAACCUUCUCUAGACUGUGAUCCAGGCAAAGCAUAAACUUUGUUGCCAGGCCCAUAUGACUUUGCAUCCCUUUUAAUCAUGAAGUAGGACACAAGCUGUUUGACUACUGUGCAGUUUGGCUUGUGGUGUAUGCCUCAAUUUCUGCGUGACAUGUUUUCCAACUUAAGUUUCAGAUUUCAUACUACUUCUGAGUAGUAAACUGCAACUUGCAGUUGUGUUGAGAGAGAUGGAUGACAGUCAAGCAUAUAUUGUAGUAAUGCCCUUCUGCUCCUUUGAUUAGUUGGAGUAAUACAAUCCAUUGGUUUUGAAACAAUGAAAGCUUAAUGAGUUCAGAAUGCCCAGAUGAAAUUACUAAUACUCUGUCAGCGGCUCAAUGUGGAGAAUUAAAUUUAUUUUUUUAUUUUAAAAAAACCCAUAAAGAACAGUAGCUUCAGUGGACACAAGAUUUCAUAAAUAACAAUUAGUAGUAAACUCUUUCAGAUGUUCAAAAUAAUACAUGCUUUGAAGCAUGUUCAUCUAGGCAUGGUUGGAACCCCCCCCCCAAUACCUUUCAGACCUUCCUACGCAACAUGGAAAGGUUGGGCUGGAGUGGUGUGCCUGUAGCAUGCUUCACACAUUAUUUUUGAAUGCUUGAAGUGUGCUGUCAUGGUUGACAGUUGGAAGGUGAAAGAUAGGAAUAAGAUACUAGGUGGAAUUCGAUGUUGCACUCUUCCAUUCGUUCCACCUGUGCAUGCAUUUCAACUUACCAAAUAGAACAACCCUCCUCUCCUCCCACAAUUUGCUAUUCUGAGGGUUCUUCUGACCUUCCACUUGAACCAAUUUUGGGGGGUUCAGAUGGAAGAGGAGGGAAAGCUCUCUUAUGCAAGUGGAAGCCCUUGCAUAGGUCUUCCAUUGACAGAGCUGGUUUAGUGAAUUCUGUCCCCUGAGUGUAAUGUUUGAAUUAAGAAUGGCUAGGGAAAUGAUAUAAAUUCUAAGUUUAGGGAUUUUAAUCAACAUCUUUCUUUUACGGAUAUAUCCACCACCUAAAAUAAUUAAAUCAGUAUACCUUUUUAGUGUGAGAGAGAAUUUAAAUAAGAAGCUUGCCCCAGAUGGAAAAUUGUGAACCCCAUAUAAACCAUGCUGAGAUCCUAGAGUAAAGAAGGGACUGCAAAUUGGCUACUCCUGCUCUACAAGCAUUUAUAACAAUGUGGUACUCUCCAGAUGUUGUUGGACUACAGCUCCCAUCAGCUCCAGGAAUGAUGAGAAUUGUAGUGCAAGGGCUACUUUGGUUCUCCCUUUUGAGAGUACAGUAUGGCCUGGUUCCAGGCAUGUUUUUCUGAAAUGGAGAACAAACCCUGAACAAGCACCUCUCUUCUAGCACUGCUCCCUUCAGUACUUUGUUUCUUGCUUGUAUUAAGCCAGAGUUUCUCUUCUGUCUCAACCAUGGCUUUAUGGCAGUUUACAGACCAGAAAUAUAAGCUAGGAGUCAUAAGCCAGAAAUGAUGCAGCAAGAGGGGGAGGGAAUACUCUGCCCAAUGUUUGUUCCUGUUACUAUUAAACUAUGGUUUAUGAAGCCUGGAACUAUUAUCCAGCUGUAACUUUAAGAAAAUGUUACGAAUUGUAAUAUUUGGCUCGUAAUAGAUUUUUCAUGCAGAUGAGUUCUAUUGCUUCAGUUCUGAGUGUAAAUGUAGUCUAGACUUUAUAUUAGUUUCUUUAAUGAUGCCAUCACCCAGCUCAUUUAUAAAUGGUUUUUUUGUUGUUUUUUCCAGUUCAGGGCAGAGGAUGAUUUAUUCACUAAUUAAUAGCAGGCAGCUUGUCAGAAACUGUCUGAGAUCCAGUUUGGUGAUGUGAUACUUGGACUUGGAGACCUGGGGUCAAAUCUUUGAUUAGUUGUGAAGCUUCUCUAGGGUUAAUCCACACUAUUUAAAGCAUAUGGCUUCCCCUAAAGGAUCUUGUGAACUGUAACUUGUUAAGAGUGCUGAGAACUGUAGCUUUUGGAGAAAGCAAGUACUUCAGUUGUAUGAUGUGCAUAUGUGACCUUGGACCCAACCAUGCAUGUUUAAGCAUAUCUUUCCUUAUGGGAUUUUUAAAAGAGAAAACUGGAUAGUUCUCUUAAAUGUCUUGAGGAAAGGGCCAGGUACAAAUGUGGUAGUUGCAAUUAAUUUUAGAAGAUAAUGUUUUAAUCCUUACUAUCUAGUGAAGAAGAGAAGGAACUGGCACAGACAUGACUAUACAGAAUUUGAUGAUGGUUCCAAGCCAGUACAAGCUGGAACAAGAACAUUUGUUAAACAGCUACGUGCUCGCUCUUUCCCAAGGUAAGAUAAGUUGCAUUAGAACAUAUAUAAGAGCAGGUGCAGAAAGUCUUGUCAUUUUUUCUAGCUCCUUCAAACAACAGUUUUGUCUUCAAGCCAUAAACUUUUAACACACUAAAAAUAAUGGGCAGCUGAAUGUCUUUUUGGCUAAGACAUCUAAUGGUGAUGGUGAUAUUAAUUACUAUUACUAUUAUUCAUACAAUUUGAAGUAUUUAUAAUUAAAAUUAUUAUUAUUACAUUUAUUUAUAUCCUACCCUUUUCUCUGAAGGGACUCAGUAUUUAUAACCUGCCCUUCAUUGAAUGCUUUCAAUCCCAGAAUGGGGAACAAUCAAAUAAAGUAAUAAAAAUAUGCAAAAAAGUAGUAUACAAGAAUUAUUUAGUUUUCAAAUGUUAAAAAGUAUUGUUGUUUUUUGUAGUGCUGAUGACAUCAUUUUGAAAAUGCAUGGCAGCCAGUUGACACAAAGAUACCUGGAGAAGCAUGGGUUUGAUGUUCCCAUUAUGGUUCCUAAAUUAGAUGGCCUAGGUCUCAGGCUUCCUCCCUCUACUUUCUCUGUUCUGGAUGUGGAACGAUACGUAGGUAUGGUCUGUUAUGAAGAACAGGGUAAAAACAUGUGCAGUAAUUAAAAUGGUAAUAAAACCACGUUUACUGUAAUUAGAAGUGGGGCUACCUAAACUGAUGUAUGCAGUCACUAAUGGAGUUUACCCUUUGUCACCCUUUGUGGUAUGCAGAAUACUAACAUGUCAACUCUUAGUCCGUGCAAUGCAAGCAACUUUGUGGACAAUUUGUGUGUAGCUUUAGGGCCCCUUCAAAUUAGAACAAAAAAGCGAAAGCAGCCUUUUGGAAGGAUGAAUAUUCACACCUGGAAGUUUAGACAUUACAUUUCUUUGCUUGCAUCUUUACUGUGAUAAGGUUUGAGAACAUUUAGUUUAAGUUGAGUUCUCUACACUUUACAAUUUCAAAGAUGAAAGCUUUUAAAUGUGUGAUCCAGCGUUGUGCAGGCAGGUUUCUCUUUGCUUCUGUCUUGCUUCCUUCAAAUUGUUCCAGAGGGAUUCCCUGUUGUCAGGAGCAGGUUUUGGGGGAUUCAGAUAGGAAAUGAGAGCCCCCUUGUGUUAUGAGGCCCAUUCUGCUCAUGCACAGACAGCAUUAGAUGACACCCUCUAUAUUUAGACUACUCAUCAGAUUUAGUGAGAUUACUCCAACAGUAAAAGUGUGAUAUCUACAUUGUCACUAUCUCUGGAAUUGUAGUUCCAGGUUGCUGGUAAGACUGAUCACUUUGUUGGGUAGUAAGGGAUAACCUUCAGGUUUCUAUGAAUUUCCUCAGUGCUGCACAGUUACUCAUUUUACCCUAAGAGAGCAUUACAAUAUAAUAAAAUAUUUCUUGUUCUAUAUAACUUAAUUGUUGCUUAUUUUUUAGAUCAUUAACUACUCCUUUUUAAGAACACUAGAAAUGUUAUAGAAAGUAAUAUUUUGCCAAAAUCCCUAGAUGUGACUUUCAGUGAUGUUUAUAGGUGAUCCUUGUUUAUGUAGAGACUUAAUGUUUUCUUUUUUACAGGUGGUGAUAAAGUGAUAGAUGUUAUUGAUGUGGCAAGACAAGCAGACAGUAAAAUGAAGCUCCAUAAUUAUGUUAAGUAUUUCACAAAUCCUGACAGACCAAAAGUAUUAAAUGUGAUCAGCCUUGAAUUUUCAGACACAAAGUGAGUAUAUGGUUUUUACACAUUUGUUUUGAAAUCCUAUAUCAGGAAGUGGAUUACAAUAUAAUUCCCUGGCUUCCUAAAGGCUUGCUCUAAUUAAGUAGAAAAAUCAGUCUUGGAGGCUGGCAUUUGACAAUAUGGAGAUUGGCAAAUGAAAGUAAAUAUAAUUGGCCUGCUUCUCAUGUCAUAUUCAACCAUACUUUACAAUUACAGUGGUACCUCUGGUUACAUACUCUUCAGGUUACAUACGCUUCAGGUUACAGACUCCACUAACCCAGAAAUAGUGCUUCAGGUUAAGAACUUUGCUUCAGGAUGAGAACAGAAAUCGUGCUCCAGUGGUGCAGCGGCAGCGGGAGGCCCCAUUAGCUAAUGUGGUGCUUCAGGUUAAGAACAGUUUCAGGUUAAGAAUAGACCUCUAGAACGAAUUAAGUACUUAACCCGAGGUACCACUGUAUGGUUGAAUGUAAACUAGCAGCAUAAAGGUCCAUCUUGCUUAAAAUUCCCCAGGGUCCUACUGCUUCUGCUAUGCUGCAGGUGAAGCAAGCCCAAGUCUGGCUUCUUGUGUCAUCCAAACCUGUAGGUUGGAGGAAAUGAGCAAUGGGUUUAGUUGACACAACAAGUAAGAUUUGGGCUUGUUUAAUCUGUGCAAUGGUAGCAGUGUAUUGGGAACUUCUUUUUUUUAAAAAAAAUAUUUAUUACUUUUAUACCUUACAAAAAGAAAAAGGAAAAAAGAAGAAAGACAAGAAGAAAAAAGGAAGAGGGAAAAAAAGCAAAAGAGAAAACAAUACAAUACAAUAUAUAAACAAUACAGAAUGCAACAUUAACAUUAACACAUUAACCAAACAAAAACAAAAACAAUUCAAAAAAACACACAUCGUAUCAUCUCAGUAUCCUCUCUUUCAUUCCCUUGUUUCAUCGACCUCCUCUCACCUCCCUUUUUGUAUUCCAUUUCUAUUAAUUGUUUCAGCAAAUCCUUUCCAUAUUUCUCUAUUUUCUGUCAUAUAAUUAUCUUAACAUAUUUUAACCUUAUUUUCCAUUAAUACUAUAAUACUUAUUUAUACUUAAUUACUUAAGAUAUUUCUACUAAAGCCAUAUAAUUCACUUCCAACAUUUUUCUAACACUCAUUAAUUUUACAUUAUUUCCAUAUAUAGGUUUUAAACUUUUUUCCAAUAUCCUUCCACCGUCUCUUCUCCCUGGUCUCGGGUUCUGCCAGUCAUUUCCGUCAAUUCCGAAUAGCCCAUCAACCUGGUGAUCUUCUGUCCGAGGCUCUUAACUCUUUUCCAGGUCCCUUCUGCAGGUCUUCUUCAUAUUUAUACAUGCACUUUACUUUGUCUUCUCCUGAUCUUGUUCUUAUUUUCCUUCCUUUGAUGCUGAAAAGUAGAUCUCCGGGAAUUCCCAUCUAGCAAUGUUUUUAUUCCUUCCCAACAAGUCAACCAAAUCUCCAUAAUUAAAACUGAAAUUCAAAAGAUAUUUCCAAUCGUGUUCCAAAGUUCCUCCGAGUCUGGCAGUCCCCACAACUCCAAUCUCCUUUUGACCCAAGUCCGGGUCCCAGAGGUCAAUCUCCAUUCCAAUUCCAAAUGGGGCUCCAAUCCUAGAAGUCUGACUUUCUCUAAAUUCAGUCUUGGAAAGCAUCAACUUGUAAUCAUCCAAUUGCAACUGAAAGGCUGGAGCUCUCUGCCUCACCACUUGUGCCACUUUAGGUUCCACAACGAGAACUUUCUCCCCCGCCUUCUCCUCGAUUUGCCAUGUCGAAAUAGAUCCCUGUAUCGAUUCCUGAGUAAUUUCUGUAUUAAUACUGACUUUUUGUGCCAAAUUAGUCACUUUUUGUUCCAAAUUAUCAAUUUUUAUAGUCCUCGCAUCCGUCUUCUUGAAAAGCUGUUCCAGUGAGUCGUUAAUCUUGCAAAAUGCAACCACUAAGGCUUCUUCUGUCAACAUUCUUAGCGAGUCAAGGUCAAAUCCAAUUUCUCACAGUUUUUAUCUUGCAGAUGGAAAAUUCCCCCAACUCAGCUCUUGUAACAAUUUCAGAGGCUUCCUCUAGGGGGAAACAGUUUCUAUUUGUAUCAGUCCUUUUAAGCACAGUUCAAACAAUAAAGUUAGUUUCAAUUUUCAGUUACUUUUACUCUUUUUUAAACGCAGAAGGAGACAAUGGAAACAAGAUAUUUCCCUACUUUAACUUACUGUCAACAGACAAUCUAUUCACAGUCAAUGAGCAUAUCCAAAACUUCAGUGCUUACUAGCAGCCCGUUUCCAGGUUCAGAGCAGUGGUAAUUUGACUUUCUUCACUCUGUCCUGCAGGCUUACACGAUCUUAAAUCUCCCCCCUCUUCUCCUGCUUCCAAGGGGGGUUUAGUGAUUUAACCGAUGGAAGUUUGAUCCUUUAUGAGAGACUUUCCAAGGCUUUAGUUUGCAGCCUCUUUGCUUCAAUCUAUUUACAAAAGGGGGAGGCGGACUUCCUGUUUGAAGCCUCCCUGUUUCGGUGCCAAAUUUAGACGUUUAAAAAUCCAAUUUUCCGUUCUACUCACGGGUUGUUGUUUUAAGAUCAAAUUGUCCACAGGAAAAAGUCAGCGCUCUCCUGCAACAGCAACGCGGCUUCACUCCGUGAAAAAAGCAGUCGAUUCAAAGCACCGCGCCACUCACCCCCACAUCGCUCCGGAUCCCCGAAACCGGGUUUCCCCGCGAGUAGGGGGGGCGCAAAAGGUGCCAGCCGAAUCCCACGUCCACAAGCCUCUUCCGCCUGUGGUUUUUGAUGGGUCUCCGCCUUCGCCGUGGCGGCCAGACCCUAAUUUCCACGGAGCGGAUUCCUCCCGAUCAGAGGAAUCCAGCCAUUGCUGGAGGCGCCUCCCCGGAAGUCCAGUGUAUUGGGAACUUUUGAACAGUGUACACUAGCAUGCACUCAUUCACAUUAAGCCACAGUUUGUUUUAUCUUGUGGUUUAAUGUGAUAUGUGAAGUAGGUCACAAUAAUUUGAUUAUGAUACCUUUGUCUAAAACCUAGCAGGAAUUACUCUAAAAUAACUUUGUUUGAAGGAAUGAAUGAGUACCAUUUGAUCUUUUAAAGGUAGCAUCCGAGAAUAUGCUAAAUAUUAAUUGGUUAUAUGAACCGCCACUGCCACUUUUGACUUCUGUAGAGCUACUGUACUUAAUUGGUGCAGAUAAAAAGUCAUAGACACUGGUUGUAUCUGUGUACCUUCACUAAAAUUCAUUCACUGUGUUCUUAUUUAUUAUUGUAUGUGUUUCUUCUUUUAAGGAUGUCUGAAUUAGUGGAAGUCCCUGAAAUCGCCAGAAAACUUUCUUGGGUUGAAAACUACUGGCCAGAUGAUUCAGUCUUUCCUAAGCCUUUUGUUCAGAAGUACUGCUUAAUGGGAGUUCAAGAUAGCUACACAGAUUUCCAUAUUGAUUUUGGGGGAACUUCUGUCUGGUAUCAUGUUCUCUGGGUAAGAAAACACUGCUGAUUUCUAAAUAUAGAAUGUACAGUAUUCAUAAUGGGUUUAAAAAUAAUAAUCUUGAAGGGUUCUUGCAUGGACCAGCCUGGUUCCACCAUAACACUAAACCAAACUACAGCUUAGCCCAAAUGAGGGAAUGUGAAAUGAGAUUGUGUCUGCUUUGCUCCUUCCCAGUCAUUUUGCUGCUUUCAUGCGCUAAGUUGUGGUUUGGCUUAAUGUUGUGUGCAAUAUUUCCAGUCAAAAGUGAGCUGUAACUAAGGUUUGUCCUGUGUCUUACAGUUUGUUUGGGAGAGCUAAACCAUGAGGCCAGGUUUGGACAACACACUAAGCCAAACCACAGUUUCAUACAGCACAAUGCAGCAGCACAAUGAUUGGGUAGGAGCUAAAUGGCUCAUGUUAUUAUUAAUUGAAUUUACAUAUUGCCCUAUACCUGAAGGUCUCAGGGUGGUUAUGAAUGACACUGUUGAAAUUGUCAGUUCAAUUAAGGUUUUAAGUUUAACCACACUGGGCAUUUUGUGACUAUUGGCCUGAGAGUUUUAAAAUUGUUAUUCUGAACACUAAUGGGUGUGAUAGCUGGAAAAGCUAAUAAAAACUGAUCUCUUCCAACUUCAUGCUAUUGAGUUGUCUGUUUUGCUAUGCCCAGAACAUUAUUUCUAGGCCUAUCAUGUUCAGUUGGGAAGGAACCUAAGCAUUUUCAUUCCUAUACCCCAUUCCCAACUUACCAAACCUGAUGCACUCAAAAUGAUGUUGGGCUGCAAUAGGGUUGAUUGGAGUUGCUGUCCAACAACAUCUCGGGGCCACCAGUUUGGGAAAGCCUGCUUGAUCCCAUAAUCUUCUACCUCUCCUUAAUUACUACUAUCACAGUUUUAUUGUGUAUCAGAGACAAAUUUAACCUCAUUCAAUAUUUUUUAUGUAUAGGGUGAAAAGAUAUUCUACUUGAUCAAACCUACUGAUGAAAAUUUGGCAAUCUACGAAUCUUGGAGUUCAUCUGUUACCCAGAGUGAAGUGUAUUUUGGAGAUAAAGUUGACAAGUGUUACAAGUGUGUAGUGAAGCAAGGACAUACUUUAUUUGUUCCCACAGGUAAAAUGCUUUCCUCAAGGAAUAAUCAUGCUCAUAUCUGUUGAGUUUGGUGGCUGGUGUUCAGAGGACUCUUUAAAAUUCAAUUUAAAAAAAUGUGCUAAUGUGUUUAGCAAUUAUGACCCAAUUUAGGAUAAGGAAGUUGAGAAAUUAUUAAAAGUUCCCACUCAGAGGCUGCCUGCUGUGUCUGAAAGAUUCGCUGUUCUGGACUUGUCUCCAUCCAGUCAGCCUCUGCUGGGUGCCUGAAUCUGAAUGGGUGUGGCUGAAACAUUGAAUCUCUCAUGACACAGUGGAACAACUUGUCCUUAGAAUUGUUAAGAGUGUCUGCAUGAAUCACUGCUCUGGGAUUUCUCCUUCAGGUGAGGAUGCCUGUUCAGAUCAUUGACUCACACAGACAUACAAGGUCUAGACUCCUCUGAGUGUGAGUAACUUCUUUUUCUCACACUCGAGUCUACUUUGAAUGUAAAAAUAAAGGGUUUCUAAGAUUUUUAACUAGGAAACUAAGUAUGCCUUAGCUAGUUCUAUUUGAAAAGCAACAUUUUAAAGCAAAAUAAUUUAAUGUGCAGUGUGUUACGGCAACGACUAUGUAACCCUAGUCAACAAAAUAAAAUAUAUCUCUGAUACUGGGAUUUAGCAAAUCCUUUGGGAGAGAGCAGUGUGAAAUAGUCACCAAGAAUAUCUCAUUAUGUCUUUUUCAAACUUGCCUUAUUGAUGCCAGUACCAUGAGGUCACUUAUGGUCAUGCUUGACUUGUGACAAUUCUUUUAGUAUGUAAGGUCACAUUUAUGAGGGAUUUAUAGGUUGCUACAACCACCACCUUGAAGUGUGCCUGAAAAACUGCCAAACACAGUGCAGAUCUUAUUACUGGUAAAAUGUCCUUCCUAAUGUGAAAGAGGGAACCACAUUCUUCAGCCAAGAGCUCAGCACAGAUGGUAUUGUAGAAGUCUAGUCAUGGUGUUAUGAGAACAUAAUGGACUCCAGGGCUCCAGAGAAAAAAAAUCCAGAGAAGCAAUGACCAUCCCUCCACUUCUGUGCUGUCUUUUAGAAUUUCUGACUGCAUUAACUGACCUAUUUUGAGCAUAUAUAUUGGAUAUUCUCUUCCAUGUACCACUUAAUGAUUACACAUGGGGUGGUUUUUAAAUAUUGUGCAAGAAACUAACACAAGAAAAAUAAUAAAUUGCAAUUAUAUGAGCUAAGGAGGUUUCUGAUACUAGGGUUAAACUCUUUAGACAGUGUUUCCAUUCAGUGUGCCAUAGACUUCCGUUUCAAGAUUGAAUUAGAUAAAAUAAACACUUUUGACUUUUAUCCUGGUACUUCAGUUUGUUCCCAGCUGGAGCUGGAAGAGGCUUGGAUUUUGGGAUUCUCCAUUUUCACACACUUUCUUCACCAAACUGCUACACUUAGACAGUUUAAUAGGAUGUGCAUGUCUUUCACCCAGUGUGAUUAGUGAUGCCAGUAUUGUUACAAAACAUUAUAUUGGAGGUCUUCAAAGUAUCAGUCCUAUCCUGUGUUUUGUUGUAGUCCAAAAUGUAGGGCAUGUGAAAUAUUUUGUAGCAGGGAUACUCAGGUUCUACUUACCUGUCAUUUCAGGCUGGAUUCAUGCUGUGCUCACUUCUCAGGACUGUAUGGCUUUUGGAGGAAACUUUUUGCACAACCUCAAUAUUGGCAUGCAGCUCAGGUUUGUAUUGGAGCUUUCUCUUUUUAUUAUGUAUCUUCUCCCAUAAGCUUGAAAAUAUUUUUGUCAUUCAGUUGAUACAUAAUUGAUUAAAUGAGAUUAAAUGGCACAAGACACUAAUAAAAGAGACAAUGCUGCUAUUUUGCCAGGGGUGGACUGAAUAUUACAAGAAUUAUUUCCAGAUAGAAAUGAAUAGUUUGUUCUGUUCCACUUGGCUUUGAAAUUAAACAAGAUAACAUGGAAGAUUACAUCAGAACAAACUGAAAUUUGGCAAGCAAAACUCAGGAACUGGAAAAUAAAUUCUAAUUCCUGCAUUACUUGAGAGUAAACUUUUUGUUCUAAGCAUACCAUAAUGGCAUAAAUUGCUUGAAUUCUGUCUGUUUAAAGUUGGGUUUAUAUAUUAGUAUUAUGAAGUCCAACGUCGCAGCUCAAUAUGCAACAGAGCUUCAAAAGAGAUAAGUCCAGAGCUUAGAAAAGUUCUGCCCAAUUUUGUCAAGUUUGAUCUUACUACUCUUGACUAUAAAUCUUGAUGUAUCUUGUUUGUCAUGGACUGCUUCAUUUUGCUGCACACCAUAUAAUUUAGGUGAACACAGUUAAGUGAUCAAUAUUCACACAAAAUAAUCCUUCUAAAUUGUUUAUUUAGGUGUUAUGAAAUGGAGAAAAGGCUAAAAACCCCAGAUCUUUUCAAAUUCCCUUUCUUUGAAGCCAUCUGUUGGUUUGUGGCCAAAAACUUACUGGAAACUUUGAAAGGUAACUCAUUUCAUGUUUUAAGAAGAACGUGAGGCUAGACUUUUUUCUAUCAUUUGCGGGAAGACCCAUGUCUAAUGUACACCAGUCAAACAAGACAUAAGUUACUCAUAGUUUAUAACUGGAAAAUGUAAAUGUAGCUACUUUGUUCAGUUUUGAUAUGACAGAAGCUUUAUGGAUUAAAAGCAUUUGUAGUAAACGAUACACAUAUGAUUCAUGUGCAGCGGAGUACAAAGGCUUUGACAAAGAAGGCAUAUGAACCUUUUUCUUUAGAAUGUCCUAUGUAUCUUUAAAUAUGUGUCAACUGCAGUUAUUUAUGUGGAAGUGAAAAUAUAUUUGUUUCAGAACCACAUUCAUGCACAGCCCUCUAAAGUUACAGUUGUCACCUCACUCAAAUUAUUAACUUGUACGCUGCUUCCCUUAGUCUCUAUUAGUCAGUACUCUAUGCACCUCCAUUUAGGUUCUCUGCCAGUCUCCCCCCAAAAUAGCUUUUUUCUUAGUAAUAAGACUCACAUUUAUAAAGUAAAUUUAGUUCAAAUAGCUGAACUGGGAACUAAUAGAAGUUCAAGAAACUGAGGAAAGCAACUGAAGCUGACAAGUAACUAGACUGUUAGCCAACUGCACAACAGGAGGCUGAACAUAAAGCUUAAAAAUUCCACCUCCAACCCCAAAACUGUUCUGAUAAUACGGUGUGGGAAGGAUAUGCUUUUGUGAGUAUGCACAUGUAUAAGAAAUGUCCAUGGCCACCACCUUAGCACUGAACCCAGGCAGCCAAGUCUUCUUUUUUAAUCUGAUUUAAAAAUCAUUUCACUUAGCCACCACCCUGUCAAGGGAGCUUCUACCCAAAGGAAUGCACCAUAGAGAGUUCACUCUAUAUUUCAAAGAUAACACUUACACUUGCUUCUAUGGCUCCAGAUACCUACACACACCAGUCUAGUGUCUAGGCAGCUACUCCCAGGUCCACUCUCUAUGGAGCAGUUGCAGCAACUGGCGAUCACUCUCCCCUCCACCAUUUUACAUACCUUCCCAUGAUAGGCUGCUUGCCCAUAGCCAGAGACCACACCUGCAUAGAAGCUUCCUCUGCUCUUUGCACUUCAUUCCUCUGCUGGUUCUGGGAGACUGUGGUGCAGGAGAGGGUGGGGAGGUACCCUACCCUUCACUUGCCUGGCCUGCCUCUUCCUCCAACUCUGAAACUUCCCCUUCCUCUGAUUCUUGUUUCCUGCCUGGUACAGGACCUUUGGGCAGACUGCUUUGAAUAUAUUUUUAUCUGUUGGGAGCAGUUUGUUUUUUAAAAAAAAUAAAAAUUCAGAUGCUGCUCAUUGGCCUUCCUUUGGAAGCUAAAGGGCUGCCCCUAAGUCUAAAGAAAGCUUAGUGAACAUGCACCUCAGUAGGUUUCUAGUUUUACUUCAUGCACUCCCCUGCUGAUAACAAAGUUUGGAAAGUUACUUUCUACUGAGGCUGAGACUGACUAAAGUUUGUAAGUGUUGAUGCUAUAAACCCACAGUUUACUCUUCAUUGUAGUUUUGAAUGCAUGAGUAACUUUUUACAGGUUUAAAGGUUGAGAGAGAUGUAAAUGUAAAUACUCAUUUGACAUUUUUAUUAAUCUAAUGUGCAGUGUUUGUCUUUAUUUCCAGAACUGAAAGAGGAUGGUUUUUACCCUCAAACUUUCUUAGUACAAGGAGUGAAAGCUUUACUUACUGCUUUAAAGUUAUGGAUGAAAAAAGAUGUAAGUUGAAAUGUGUAGUCAUAAUUUUAGUGGGUUUUCUUUCUUUAAAAGAAAAGCCUUUAAAAUGCAAUACAGCUUCAUAAAAAUUCUGUAUAUAAAUAUGCUGCUGAUUUGUAUUUGGGGAACUUAACUGCUUAUUUUCCUGUUUUACUUAACAGCUGGUAACAGAACAUGCCUUUGAAAUUCCAGACAAUAUAAGGCCUGGACAGCUAAUUAAAGAACUAUCUAAAGUGAUUCGUUCUGUAGAGGUAAGAAUAAAAUACAUUGAAUAUGAUUGCAAAAUUUGGAUAAUCACAUAUGAUUACUUUCAGCUUUUGGAGAUGCUCUCCUUUAGUUGUGCUCCUCUCUCUUCAAAAAUAACUGCUAGUUUGCUGAAAUAAUCACUUCCAAACUUUUAUUACUCAUGGUUGGCAAACUGUUUAGGUGCUUAUGAUUAUAAGAUACUUAUCAAGUAUAACCCACCCUAUGGUUCUGUCUUAGAAUUCAAAGUUUAAGUAAUCACAUUAUGGGGGAAUUAUAAAGGCAGUUUAGAGUGAAUAAUGAAAUUUGAAUUAAAUCUUUAGAUGGAGCAUAACAUUCUCUUUCUCUUACAUUUCAGUAGUGGACAGAGUCCCUUAGGGUGCUGUUGUGAUAGACAAUACAGGAAGAGGAUGGAAUAAUCUAGUUGAAAGUCUUAUACUGCUACUUGAAAGUGAAACCUUCUUUCACUUUAAAUUGUGUGGAAUUGUCAAUAUAGGCUGCUCUAAAUAACUUUCUUUUAUUUAAAGGAGGAGAACAGCAAACCAGUUAAAACUCAGGGAAUUAUUGGUGUGUGCCAAGUUUCGCGUUCAUCAAAUGAAUCCGCCUCCGCCCAUCAUUCCAGACGAAAAGCAAGGAAGCUACGGGACCAUGCCAUCAAAACUCCAUCUAAUUUGGACAUCUUGGAGCUCCACACAAGAGAAGUUCUCAAAAGACUAGAGAUGUCCCCGUGGGAAGAGGCAAGUACAGAAUUGCAUAUUGGAGCAAAGUAAAGCACAACUAGAACAUUUAAUGUGCAGGGCAGAUGGCAGACGUAAAAAUGGGAAGUUGUUGCAUUUUUAAAACAAAGACUGUGGGAGGUAUAAUCAUAUCUCUGGUUAAUGUUCAAUGAAAAUAUUCUCACUUUUCCACAUCAUUGAAUACCACUGGUUUGGUGAGGAAAUAGAGUUGUUGCACUAUUCAGGCACAUAUAUCUAUAUAUAUUGUGCUGGACACCACAGGUAGGGAGGAGCGACCUCAAAAUGCACUUUCCAUUUUGGGUGUAUGUGAAUAGAUGAAUUUUGAAUUAGCAAAUAUAGAUGUAGUGUGGCAAUAAACGUAUACAGUAUGGCUACAGUAAAAAAAUGUUAAGCCUGGAAUUAGACCUUUCAAAUACUUCUCCAUUUUACCCAAAAAGAUCCAGGACAGACCAUAUUUUGGAAGUUGCCUCUACAUACUCUCCUGUGAUCUAAAAAGUAUUUGGUACCGGAGCUGUUUUAAGAAGAAAAAUUAGAAGGGUUUUGCGGUAAUGGUGGUCUUUCCCACUGGUAUCACUUUUCCUUUAAAACAUCUCACCCAAAUCCCCAAUUACCUCCCAUUUCUGGAACCUUAAGUAUAUAAUUCUGCUUGUUCCCAGUGUAUAGUUUGUGGGAUGGGUUUUUAUAGGAGAGGAUAUAUUAAUUGCAAUUUAUCCCUCCAGGUGCCCACGUUUGUGGGUUAAACAGUGUUUUAAAAUCCUAUCCUGGCAGCAAAAUUAAAAGCAUAGGUGUUAGGUUGUAAAACCUUGUUUUGAACAAGUCCGGCUAUGAAGUAAGCAGGCUCCCCUUUCUUAACCCGCUUAAAAAAGAAUCAAGCAACAGACUGGAAAGUAAGCUUAAAAAUAUAAUUUACUUACUUGAUGAUCAUGCAUUGGUUCACAGCAAAAGCAGAAGUAAAAACUAUGCAGGCAAAAUACUUAAUAUUUACACUAUAACCAGCUUUAGGCAUGUGCUGAAGCUGGAGGAAGCAGAGGCAUGUCUGCAUCCAUUGCUGGUCAGAGAGAGAGAGGGAGGAAUUACUAAGUGUUCCUUCCUGUUCAGGAGAGAAGGGGAAAUGACAUCAUACAGAGUCCUCUCUACCAGUUAUAUUUCUAUGGUCUGAGUAUCUUCUUGUUAGCAAUACAGCUUUGUGGACUUAAUAAUAUAUGUGCUGAUACGUUGUAAAAAUUCAUCUGUAAUGGUGGUCUUGUGUCUUAAAUUAUUUCUCAGAGGAAGUACCAUCCGUCCAUACUUGCAAAGUAGAAUAGUUUAGACAUGUUAAUAGUGAAUAUGUGUACUAAGCACCAACAAUCCAGAGAAUGGGAGAGAAUUGAGUGUUGUGCAGGAGGAAGGAGUUGCUGCAACUUGGGCCAUGUGCGUGAAAGACAAUUGUACACAUGAAACAGACUUCUCUCUCUACCGUAAUGGCUAUUAAUAAUGCAGGAUUUCUUCGUUUGCUGGCUGUCAGUGUUUUAAGUGUGGCUUGGCAGUGCACCACAGCUGAUGUGGAUUACAAAGAGAAAUAGCUUAUUAAAGUACCAUUAACCGUAGGUGAAAUCUUUUGUCCCCUUGCUUUAGGACACGGCAAAUGGUAAACUGAAUGGAAGGUUUAACAAGCCUCUUCAGCCAUCUUCUACUGUUCCUGAAUGGAGAACGAAGGACAAUGAUUUACGGCUUUUGCUGUCAAAUGGAAGAAUAAUUAGGUAUAAAAACAUCAGCAUGUAGCUUGCUACAUGUAGUUUACUUUAGGCAAUUUUGAAAAUCCGGCUUGUAGUUAAUUGACAGAUCUGGGCUGAAAAAGGGAUACAGCAAGAAACAUCUGUAACCAAACACAGGAAUUAAAUGUUUGGAGGAACAAAGGGGCACAUUUUGCAGGACUGUCUCCAACUUGAGGCGGUUCUGGAUAGAGUGCUGCCAUAAUGGACUUACUUUGUGCGGUGGGGCAGCAGCAUUUGAAACCCUGCCAGACGGCUCUUAUGUUACCUCCUCCUUAAUUUCUCCCAGUGCCCUCAGGAAGCACCAUUUGUGGCAUUGUGAGCAAAUUUAAAUGUAGACUAGGUCCAGCUAACUAGCGCUGCUGGAGCUCUGACUUCAGGCAUCAGUGGUGGGCCCCACUGAGCUCCAGUCCUGCUAUUAUAGAUGGUUUUAAACCUGGUGUCAGGUCUGGAGUCAGAUGCAGGUCAGCAUGAAGAAGCAGUCUCAGUUGUCAGUGAAGUUAACUCUUUAUUCAAGGAAAAGGCAUACAACUGAACAACACUUACCAUCAGGUCUUGCCCCUAUAGAGCAGUUGCCAGGAUUGAAGUUCCCUGCCUCCCUCGCCCUUCUAAGGUUCCACUCCCCCAGAUGUUUCCCAAGCAGUCUCAAGCUGCAUCUGCACUGUUCUGGCCUCUGUUCCUCUCUCCUUGUUAUUCAGCACAUUCUUGGAGACGGGGUGGGUGGGGAGAGCUGGUCACAGCAGGAGAGGAAGACUCCCUGGAUUCUUCUGUAGUCUCUUGACCCUGCUCCUAUGUUUCAGCCUCGCAGUCUGAACAGCUCCUUGUCACAUGUUCUUCCUGCUCACUAUACCCUGUUGACCCUUCAGCAUUCAGUACUUCCUUCCAUUCUUCUCCCUCUGACAGGUCAGAGGGUCCCAUCACCAACCCCCUGGCUCUGAGCCUUUCUUCUCCGGGGUUUCUCUUGGGGGGGGGGGUUUCCCGGCUGGUUUUCACCACCACUCCUCUUCGUCCAGCCAGUCUCUGACACCUGGGCUGGAGAACCUUUUUCAGACUAAGGGCAUUACUCAUUCAUGGGGAAACAUUCUGGAGACCAUAUGCCAGCGGUGGUCUGGGUCAAAGGCAAAUGUGGGCAAAGCAAUGGGUGUGACUUACAUUUGUACAGUAGGAUACAUUCCACCAAUGCAAAAGUCAGGUGUUUCUGCUCCCCACAUCUCUUCAUCCCCCAUAUAUCCCUUCAGCAGCACAACCCCCCCCCCCAGCAAGCAAGAGGCAUUAUCCUACUUCAAGAACACGUUGAAGGAUUGUACAACGCAGAGUGGUGGUAAUGUGGCCUUUGGCGAAGGCAUGACCUGCAGAGAGUCUUGAGGGCCAACUUGAGAGGCUUGGAAGGUCAAGUUUGGCUUCCUGGCCUGAGGUUUUCCACUCCUGUUUCAAAUAAUUGAAAAUGAUUUAAACAUUCUGUUAAAGAGAAUAACAGCCAACAAUUCUGCAUAGACUUGGGAAAAAUUCUUCAAUAGAUGAGAAAUGAUACUGUAAAAGUUCUAGGAAGCAGUGAAAACUGGCUAUUACUUCUAAAAAGAUGGGGCAAGGCCCCAAUGGAUCUUUUUUUGGUUUGGUAACAGGUUAUUUUAUUACAGAGAUGAGAGGCAACCUUUCAGAGAUCGAAGUCUUUACACCGCGGACAGUGAAGAUGAGGAUGAGAGAGCAGAGUCAGAGAAGGAAAUAACAGUUAAGGCAGAAGAACAGAUCUCCCAGGAAGCAGAUGGCAGUGUAGAUGCUCAGAAACCACUGAACAGUAAGUAUGUUUUCCUUGAACUAGAAAUCCAGGGCUAUUGUAUCUGUACUGUUCUUCAUUGUUGCUUUGUAGUGCUGAUCAAUGUGGCAUCAUUCAUCAGGGUAGUUAAGCUUCAACUGACAAUCGCUGCAUUUAGACAUAAUGAUAAAUCAUGUCUUAGCACUAUGUGAUUGAGCCUUCCUCUGCUCAGACUUGUGUGCUGUCCCCAUUUUCUCCUUUUCCUGCAUGACUGGAAGGAGGAUUAUGGAAAAUCAAUUACUUUUGAUUUUAGUUAGACCAGACCUUCCUCUUUCUUCUGAACCAGAGUUCAUGGCUAACACUAACUAUACUUAGUUUAAACAAGCCAGCUUCAAAAACCAUGAGUUGAAGCUGACUUGUUUUUGAAACUGACCUUAGUCUUGAAGUCCAUUCCCUGGUUCAGAUUGAAGCAGGGCUUUGGCUGGUUAAAACCCCAAAUAAAAAAAAUGGAAUCCUCAUCUUGGCCACAUGGGAGGAACACACAAGCUCAGGAGAAGGCCAAGCUCUUUUAUACAGCACUAUGUCAUGGUUUAGUGUCACUUCCAGAUGCAGCCAAUAUUUUAAAAAAGGCUAAAGGUGGGUUAUGAGUGUUUGUUAAAUUCAGAUAUGGCUGUGUUCAUAGACGUAGGUCAAUGUAUUUGGUUAAUUGGGAAAUACAUAGCUAGGAAUAUCUAUAACUCAUGAGCUGGAUCUGUUGGGGACCUUAGUAUAAUGAGUUUAAGCAGUAUGUUAUCCCCAUAUAAAUAAAUUAUUGUGACUGUCUAUGAUCACAGGGAAAAAGUCCAAUUUGAUCAAAGUAGAAUUUCUAUUGAGAAUUCCCUAUAUAUGGAAUAUAUAGUAUUUUCUCCCAAUUACAGUGGCUUUCUGAGGCCAGAAAUUAAAUUCCUAAGAACUGGGAAGUAACAAAUUACUUAUUAAUUACAAACUUUCAUUCCUAUACUGCUUAACAGUGGGCAUUAAAUUUUGGAGUGUGGAUAUGUGUACUAAGAGUUUCAUUGUCUUCAAAGCAAUGUACAGUCACAGGAUGAAAGGCUCAGUUGGUAGCAGGAACUAUAGGGAAGUAUGUCCAAAUAAUAUAUGGCAAAUCUAAAAUCCCUCUCUUUUUCUCCUCCAGUGUUCUUUGAAAGUGUGAAAUCAGAACUCAGGAAUGGAAACUCAGAAUACUCUGAUAUUUCUGAUUCAGAAGAAUCUGAGCCUGAUUGCACUAACCAGGUAAAAUACAAGAGCGUCACAGGUGGUAUUAAACAUUAGAAUUCAAAGGACAUCUAGCUCUGAAUAGUAUUAAUGACAAAAAUGGGCAAGAACAGUUUGUGCCUGGGGGGCGGAGUUAGAUGAAAGGUCAGCUAGUAUAGAUAUAAACUGUUUUUUAGGCUGACCCUGUCACAAAUCCAUUUUCUUUUUAAAUUUUAUAGAUCUGCAUCUAAAGUACACCAAGCAUACAUUUAUGUAACAUUUUAUUGCCUAAGACAUGGCUUCCAAAUAGAAUCCCAUCCCAUCCUCAUAACCCAACAUCUCCUCUAGGAAUAUAUAUUUAGUCAUCCUAACCUUAAGAAUUAAACCACAGAGCCUAGGGCUUGCCGAUCAGAAGGUCGGCGGUUCAAAUCCCCAUGACGGGGUGAGCUCCCAUUGUUUGGUCCCAGCUCCUGCCCACCUAGCAGUUUAAAACCACAUCAAAGUGCAAGUAGAUAAAUAGGAACCGCUCCGGCGGGAAGGUAAAUGGCGUUUCUGUGCGCUGCUCUGGUUUCACCAGAAGCGGCUUAGUCAUGCUGGCCGCAUGACUCGGAAGCUGUCAUGACAAACGCUGGCUCCCUCGGCCUAUAGAGCAAGAUGGGCACGCAACCCCAGAGUCGUCUGCGACUGGACCUAACUGUCAGGGGUACCUUUACCUUUAACCUUAAGAAUUAACUAAGAUUAAAAUAUGAAGUAGAAAUUAGUUUUCAAGUUAAUGGUAUUCAUUGUGUUGAAAGUUUUGUUUUCCUCCCACCAGCAAAAAGAUUUCUCUCUUGAGGAGUCAGAAAGCUCAGGUGAUGAGAAACAGGAAGUAACUUCAAAUUUUAGAGAGGAAUCUAAAAUAACAAAUGACCUCUUUCAAACCACGCAGAAGCCAUCUAGACAUCUAGAAAUGACAAUUAAAAGGUGAGUAAAAAAAGGGCGGUGGUGGUGAACAAUUACAAAAUUAAUGGAGGUGCUUGAAGCAAAUUAUAUUCAUUGCUUUCUGUUAAAUAGGAAAAUGAAACAUUUUAGUCCUGUGAUACAGCUUUCUUCUUUCCUCUUAUUUUUUAGGGAAUGUCCUACCUCGACCAGUACGGAGGAAGAAGCUAUUCAGGGCAUGCUUUCUAUGGCAGGAUUGCACUAUACCACUUGUUUACCAAGUCAUAUGCAGAGCACAGACUGCACUGAUAGAAGAAGCUCUCUUCAGGAACACAGAAGCUAUCCCAAAAGUAGGCAUAAAGACAAGCUGUCUUCCCAGAGUCACAAAGCAGAAUAUGGUAUGUUCUCUUGUAGAUGUAUAUUAUGCCAAAACUAAAAGAUGCCUAAGCUAUAGAUUGUAAAAGUAGGCUGCAUGGCUGGAUUAGCUUGAAAGUUGCAGUCCCCUUCAGGGAAUCAAGAUCAAUGGAAUAUCUAUAGUGGGUUUUUUUGGUCAGAUUUAGAUUUUCUAGCUUUCUAAGACAGCAGAUGGCAUCUGACUUCAGCUACUAGUGCACAUGCCAGGCUAAAAAGGUCUGUGUAGUUGGGCAGACAGUUUCUAGUAAAAGCAAGUGACUAGACUGCUGGAAACAUGCAAGGCCUACAUUUCUCCAUUACAACUUGAAGCUGGAAGGCAUGUGCUUCAAAUGCCCUUGUUUCUCUUUCUGAUAUUAAGUGCUUAAGAUACUAACACAAGAAAUCUGUUGUGGUUGAAUUGAUUAAUUUAUAAUUGGGGGCAUUGUGCAGAGAUUUCAGCAGGUAACUGACAGAUGCAGUGACUCAUGCAUUCUUGCAUUAACAGAUGGAUUUAUUUUUCCAGCUAGAGAGGUAAUAAAACUCUAAGCAUUCGUAUUCUCAAAUUACUCGAUAUGAGAUUAGGAGUGUAAAAAACUAAAAACUAAAAACCUUACAGGGGCUGCUUAUGGGAUUAAAGACACCUGUGUGUUAACUGUUUACUAAUUCUACCACAGUAGGGUUCUUUAACGUCAUAAAUACAACAAUUUAUAUAGAUUUUAAUGAUUGUGAAUGAAAUUUCAUUGGAAGUAUAAAAUCCAAUUUAAUACGAUGUUCAUUUAAAGUUGAUAGAAAAUACAGGAAAAUAUCACUAAUCCAAGUAGUAGUAGUAGUAGUAGCAGCAGCAGCAGCAACAGCAGCAGUAGGGUUUUUUACAUUGAAUUUUCCGAGACCAUUACUUAGGCUUAAAAUGAUUUUUUUUUAAAUAUAAAAUUGAGACAAUGGCCACAUUCAGAUGUAAUGCUAAGCCACGAGGUCUCCCGCAUAUUUCACUUCUGUUUUAGUCAAGCAGAGGAACAAACCAUGGAAUGGCUUACUUUGUGUCAUGCCAGAACUGGUGCUUGCAGUUUGUUUCUCUCCAAGUCUUGUUCUUUGCUUCCUGAUUGGAUUUGUUUGGGAGAAACCAAGAGGCAUGGUGGUUCACACAUGAUGUUAAUCUGGGUUGUUCCUCUGCUUAAAUAAGGGAAGAGCGUUCAGUCUAUGUACAAAAGUGCACAGCUUAUACACAGGAUAACUUGCUUAAUCCAUAAGUCAUAGCUUAGUACUGUGUCUAAACACAGCCAUUACCAAAAUGUAGCAAAAUCAAAAUGUAACAGCAGAAUAAUGAGGGGGUGGGGAAGCAUAAAAAUAUGAUUUCAGUAGUAGCUUCUUAAUUUGCUGAUUCUGGUUUUCUUAAAUUAAUUUUACUUAAUAAAUGAUAGCCUUUUGUCGGAGGUAAGAAAAUCAAAGUGUGGUUUGUUUUAUAUAUAAAAGAAUCAACAGUGAUGUGAAUUUCCUUUAUAGAAGUUGGUCAGAAUUGCCAGUACUUUGCCCCAGUAACUUGUUUCACCAGUUUAGGGAGAUAGCAAGAUGUUUGCUUUUAGCAAAACCCAGAAAGCGUAGUAACUUGACAGCUGUGACAGCAGAUGUUGUCUCAACUAUAAUCUGUUUGAUGCUUUUCCACCCAUCUCUAUAUCUAUGGUUACGAAGAGAUGCAGAUGGCAAAGGCAAACAGUUUUGAUCCAAAAUGCUUCAGUUUUUCUGGUUUUGUAUUGGGGAAGAUCUAAUGCUGUCUGAAGUAUGAAAGGCGUGUACAAGUGGCACAAAUGCUACAAGGAUCUGAUAAGUGUGAUAUGUUGGUGAUCUAUCACUGUGAGCCAUUACAGUCACCACUGCAGAUUGGAGCUAAUCUAGUUUCCAUUGUAGAUUUAUCUACCAGUAGAUUUUAAUAUCUUUUGUGUACAAGCUAGACCGUCCUAUAACAUUUUGGGCUGUGGGGUUCCGUGUUAGCAUUCUCUUGCCCAAAGAAAACUGCAGACCUAUGACUAGGCAAUAAGCUAUUGCAUUAUUCUAGUAGGAAAUUUGCCUCAGUGUAAAAUUUGUUUUGUUGAACUUCUCUUGGGUUACGCUGGUAGUACACUAGGUGGAAUCUGUAGGGGGGAAUGAAUAACAUAUAAAAUAUACUAAGAGCUUCAAAUUUCUGUUCAGGUAAGCACAUAAAAGAAGAAAAAGAUGUGGGAGCUUCAACAUUUGCUUCACAAUUACAUGCAGUUUCUAAAGUAAAUCCUCAGGUAAGAUUAUAUUAUGUGUCUUAAUAAAGCAGCUUGCUGUGUACUGUACACAUUAAAUCAGGAGUGGGAACUGGAUUUGGCCAAUUUGCUCUUGGCAGACUGCUUUUGACACGUGGGUGGGGAUGCUGUGCCAAUCAUUGGGCAUCCUAUACCAUUAUGUGAUUCAACUUCAAAGGAAGAAUUAAAAUUUAAGGCCAAUUGCAAGCCCGCUUUCUGCAGGGGUCAGCUCCACCCAAGAACUCCGAUUGAAAGCUGCUGAAUGCAGCUGAUCCCAGUAGCGCUUGCUUUUGACACCAAAUUUAGAAGGUGCCGAAUGCAAACUCUUACUUGCAGAGGAACAAUUGGGAGCAUGCUUUAAGGCUUCCCAUCGUUCCUUUGCAGCCUGCCCCACACCUGACUUCAUAUAACAUCCAGUUUGGGGCAGGUGGCUGUGGCUGGGGGAAACAGCCUUGUGGGCCUAGUUUGGGUCACAGGUUGGGGGUUCCCCAAGCUCACACUAAAUAUUCAGAGGGGUUCCAGAUUACAGAAUAUAACUUUAAUUAAUUUCCCCUUGCACGUAAGUGCCUCUGCUCUAACAUGAAUGUACUCUUUAGUGAAGGAUGCUGUAUAACUUGGACACUUAAGUAUUUUUUGCAUGUUUUUACAAAUAAGUGAUAAUGUAAGUAAGCAAGUAAGUAAGUAAGUAAGUAAUUUUUUAUUUAUAUCCCGCCCUCCCUGGCCAAGACCGGGCUCAGGGCAGCUAAUAACAAAUUUCAAAUACAUUAAAACACAAUCAAACAAUUAAUUAUAAAUUAGAAUCAGGAUAAAAUUAAAUUACUGCCCACAAAUUACAACCAUGGGGUCGGGAACCUCAAGUAUUCAUCAGGGCCGUGCGGAAUGUUGGUCCCACAUGAGCCGAUAAAAGGGCCAAAGAGGUAACUUACAGGGUCCCGGGGGGGGGGGUCAAACUGGGCCCGGACCAAAGGCCAGGCAGAACAGCUCCGUCUUGCAAGCCCUGCAGAAGGAUGUCAAGUCCCACAGGGUCCUGGUCUCCUGUGAUAGAACGUUCCACCAGGCUGGGGCCGAAGCCAAAAAGCCUUGGCCCUGGUUGAGGCCAGUUUCACCUCCUUGAGGCCUGGGACCUCCAAGAUAUUAUUAUUUGCAGACUGUAAGGUCCUCUGUGGGGCAUACGGCGGUCCCAUAACUACGGGGGUCCUAGGCCAUAUAGGGCUUUAAAGGUUAAAACCAGCACCUUAAACCUGACCCUGUACUCCACCGGGAGCCAGUGCAGCUGGUAUAGCACUGGAUGAAUGUGGUCCCACAGCAAGGACCCUGUAAGGAGCCUUGCAGCGGCAUUCUGCACCCGCUGCAGUUUCUGGGUCAGCUUCAAGGGCAGCCCCACGUAGAGUGAGUUACAAUAAUCAAGUCUGGAGGUGACCGUCGCAUGGAUCACUGUGGCUAGAUCAGGGCAAGAAAGAUAAGGGACCAGCUGCUUAACACGGUGAAGGUGGAAAAAUGCCGCCUUUGCUGUUGCUGCAACCUGCACCUCCAUAAAGAGGGAGGCGACUCCUGACAGAAGGUGCUGGCACAAAUUGAGCCCCCGCAAGAGAUGGGAGUUGGCCCCCCAGUCAUGUCGUCCCGACCCAGCCAGAGGACCUUGUGUCUUCGAAGGAUUUAACUUCAACUGGCUCCCAUGCAGGCACAGCUUCCAAGCAUCUGGUUAGUGUGUCUGGGGCCAAGUCAGGAUGGUCGUCCAUCAACAGAUGAAGCUGGGUGUCAUCAGCAUAUUGAUGACAACCCAGCCCCAAAUUCUGGGCAAGGGGGCACAUAAAAAUGUUAAAAAGCAUUGGGGAGAGGAUUGCGCACUGCGGCACUCCACACACCAAGGGGUGCCGUGACAACUCCUCCCCUAGUGCCACCCUCUGUCCCCGACCUGGAAGCAAAGAGCGCAGCCAUUGUAAGACUGUGCCCUGAAUCCCCACGUCGGCAAGGCGGUAGUCCAAAAAUUUGUGGUUGACCAUGUCGAAGGCUGCUGACAAAUCUAAAAGUGGGAUGGCAGGGGGAGAGAUGCCGAAGUGUGGCAUGCAAGGCUGCAAUGGUGUAGGUUACACAAAGAAAGGAAAAGUAGUCAAGUUCACCUAUGGGUGCAGUCUACCCACAUUUAAGUUCUUUGUUGUUUUCUGAACAUAGUGUUGAUGUUUUCAUAUGUUUGUAGGUGUCUCCCAUUCAUUCAGAAUGUAGUUAUUGGCUUCCUAGAGCAAACUGUUUAAAGUUACAAAAACUGUCUUUCCGGCGGCGUAUUCGUUGCGUUCCAGAAUCAAACUGUUUUUCUCCCUCCAUAGGAUACAAGUAAAGCUCAGAAAUACUUCAAGAAGGAAGGUGCUUCUGAGACCAGUUAUAAAAUUCCAGAAAACAGGAUCCAUUUACAAAACAAUGCUUUGAACUUCCCCCAUGGCAAGUGCAUCCAGGACUCGAGCUUGAUUGAAGGGGAGUGCAGGCUAAGUGAUGGCAGCCUCAGUCCUGACAGGCCAUAUGGUGAAACAUCGUUGUCUGUACCUCUUCAUCCAACUAAGCGGCCAGCAUCAAAUCCACCCCCUAUCAACAAUCAGGCAACAAAAGGUGGUGUAAUCAUCUGUGUUUAUUUCUUUUAGCCAGAAAUCACUGACAAUUGAUUUUUGCAAAACAAGGUGUAGUGCAUGGUUUAAACGAUGUGCCCAUUCAGAAAAUGGGUUCCUACCCAGUCUGCAGUGCCACACAAUCAGUCCUUUUUAGAUGUUGAAUUCCAUAAUAUUUCACAUGAGGGGUUAUGUUAUGCACAUUUCUUUUUUUUAGCCUUACACACACAGUUUUGUGUGGCACAAAAUACAUAAUAACAACAAUAAUGACAUCCCUUACAAGCCUGUAGUUCAGAACGCUCCGUAUACAUUGAAAUGCAUUAUAUAAAUAAGGACUGGUGGUGGUUAGUAUUGCAACCUCAAAUUUGUACAUUUGCCCUUCAGGUGGUUGGUAUCGCACAACUAUCUAAUUGGAGUAGUAGUCAGUAUACCGGAAGAAUCAGAACAGAGUAUAGCUAGUUCCUGACAAGCUUCUGUUGCUUCAUAUUCCUGUCUAGGAAAUCCCAUGUUGUGCCAACAUGGGGCUGAUUUUACUGAGCUAUGGAAGUACAAGUGUGAAUGGUGGUUAGCAGUACCAACUUUUUCUUUCUUUUUCAGGAAAGCGUCCAAAGAAAGGAAUGGCAACUGCCAAGCAGCGCCUAGGGAAGAUUCUAAAGCUGAACCGAAAUGGCCAUGCGCGCUUCUUUGUUUGAUGCAGUAGCUGCUACCACUGCUGCUGCUGUCCUUUUUAUGCACGGACCAGUACUGAGGGGGAACAGUGCCUGGAGCUUCUGUUUUAUUCCUCUGCUUGAAGCAGAAUGCAUGUACCUUAUUAGAACACUGCCUAAUGAACAAAAACUCAAUGCUGCAUUUUCACUGUGCCACACCUGCUCAGCAAUAACCAUUUGGGAAACAGGGGAAUAUUCAGAGAGACUAUGGACUUGGGAGAUGGUCUUUCUUCAGGGCUCAAUCAUUUUGUUGUUUCUGGUAGCGUCUGAGCUAAUUCACGAACAGAAGAGUGUGAUGAAGGUGGUUAUCAAUAAUUUAUUUGACAGAUUAUUUUUUUUUGCAACUAUUGAAUUCAUUUUAAAACUAUUUAUUUGGAAAACUCUUUUUGGGAAUUGUGAUUUUUAUUUUAGAUGUUGAGAAUGUGAAGGUUUUUGUUUGUCCUUAAUGUCUGUCUGUCUUCCGUCUGUCUUGUCUGUCUCCAGUGGAGAGCCACAUGAAUGAUUUACUCUGCAUUCAAACAAUUGAUAACAGGUAUAGUCUUAAACAUGGAUGUGAUGCAUUAAGUUAAGGCACAUGGAAUCACAUGUUAAUUUCCACUCCUUAUAUAAGCUCUUGACUGGCUUUUGUACUGACUUCUAAAGUACGUAUUCUUUGCCAGUUAACCUUUCCCUUCUUGCUCCUCCCUCUUCCUCCUCUCAUGUUUUGCCAUUUGUUCUGGAUGAUAAAUUGGCAUAACGUUACUAAGAGCUCUUUUCACACACGUGUGCUUCCUCCUCCUGCCUAUUUGUUUCCAUAUCAUGGAGAACGAUUCAUGCUAAGCAUGGGUAGCUGUAAACCAAGGGUAGCACUACAGCUAUUACUGAUUUAAGUGUAGACACUUAAGAUGCUUUUUUUCUUUUUUUGGAGGAAGGCUAUUGCGGCAGAGUAUUGCUCGUCUACACAUGCCAGCCAAUGAAAGGUCUUAAGUUUUUGUAUAUAUGUAAAUAUGUUUCAUAGCUUGCUAAAACUCAGAAUGACUAUUUUGCGUCAUGCUUUGCAAAUAUCCAGUAGUAAAUGCCAAUUCUGAAAUACAUGUAAAUAACCUAGAUGAUAAAUUUGUAUUUUUGUAAUAUAAAAUUGAAUAUUUAAGCUGUUUUUGGAGGAAAAGGGGAGGCACCUGUACUACUACUUUGGUAAGAGGGCUAUUCAGUACUAAAGUGGGAAUACUAGGGAUACCACUUUGGGUUUCUUCUUCUGUUGAUAAAGAGUUAAAGCAUGGCCAAAGCUGCUCAGUUGCUUGACUUCUUUUAACUUCAAUAAAAACUUCCAAGCCUUCAGGUUAUAUCAAAAAUAAAAUAUCUUAAAAGUCCCCAAAUAGGACUUUUCUGUGCUUAAACAAUUUUAUAUAUUCAGUAUUUGCUGCAUCUAUGUGUGUGUAUUGGUAUUAAACUAGACAUAAUGACCUUUGUCAUCUAUCAGAAUAGAUAUUAGUCAGACGUCCUUGGCUACUGCAGUUACUAAGACUUAGCCAAAAUUCUCAGUGGAGACAUUUCAAGGCUGCAGUCCUUGACAGAGUUCCUAACACUUCCCAUUUAACUGAAUAGGAAUUAACCGCAUAGCUACAUGCAGGAUGGUAGCCAAAAUAACCAAGGUAGCAAUCUUAACUUGGAAAUAAGCCCCAUUGUAAUCAUUGGGACUGACCUCUGAGUAAAUAUGGUUAGUUGUGGAGUGUAAAUGGAUAAAAAUAGGAUAAUGGGAUUGUGGUGUGUCCUAGAUUUUGAAAGUUACCACACAUUUGUUCUUCACUCUUCUUUCUACUUCGAAUUACAGUUUCCCCCCCAGCACUUGUGUGUCCACAUUAUGUAACUAAAACCAAACUGGAUAAGCUGCAUGUUGUCAGCAUUAUAAACAGAGCCAGUUACAGAAAGAGAAUUUAAUACUAGCUUUUGGAAACACGGAAAUUUACUGGUUAAUCUGAAAUUGCACACUUUUCAGUAUUGGUAAGAGAAAAUGUUUUUCCCCCAGCAGUCCAUAUAUCUUUUAACUGAGCUACAGAUCAUUUAAGUUCUCAAUUCCCUCUUAAAGUAAAAUUACUUGUCCUUUUGGUUUAGACGGAAAAAGCAAUUCUAAAGUGAAUUUCAAAGCAUUUGCAUUUCUUCAGUUCUUACUUUAAAAUAUUCCAGUGAAUCCAUAGUAGCUAGCAGAUCUUAUAACUGAUCUCCUUUCUCUAAACAUAUCUUGAUUACUAAAAUAUAGCUAUGGCCUUAUUGGGUGAUGGUGGUGGUAGAAGAGAAGAGGGUUUUUUAAUGGCUGUUUCCAGUUACUUUUCUCAUUCCUCCACCUCCGCCACCCCCACCACUCACUUCCAUUGUCAUGAGCAUGCAAACAUAUUUUCGUAGACUAAGAGAAAUACUUUGUAGUUUCUUCUGACCUUUUGUCUUUCAAAUACAAAUUGAGGGAAAUAUCCCCUAUUACCACUUUAGUAAGACUUUUACCAAAAUGAAGCUUUGGAUUAGGCAUUAAGAUUAAUUUUGAGGAAGGUAGAGUACAUCAAUUGUGUGCACCAAAAUAAAUUGCUCUGAAGCAAUAAUUAUUUUGGUGGCUUGAUCGAGACAAGUCUUGUUUGUGUGUUAAUAACUUGCUUGAUAGAAACCCUUGCUGCACCAGACUUUUAUGUGUAAUAGAUUGUCUGAAUUGGGUGCUAUAGUCCUGACUUCAUCAUUUCACUUCCUUGAGGGACAGGAAACAAUGCUAAAGCCAUAUCUGGCAGAAGGUUAGUGAACCUUAUUUUCAAAGAGAAGAUAUUUUUAAAAAACUGAAACAAGAGCUUCAGCUGUAGGAUGGAAUUACAAUAGACCUAUUCUCUUCUUGGAGUCGUAAGGUGAUAGGAAUAUGUGAAAUGAAAUGUUUGGGCUUUGCCCAAACAAGAGAGAGAGAGAAUCGAAAAGGGCAUUGGUAUACUGGUGUUUAGUGACAUCCCCAGCCACAUUUCACUUUAUCCAAUACUUACUGAUAAAGCCAGCCUACAAACUAGCCUCAGUUGACUUCUGUGGUAAGAUUUACCUAUGCAAACAGUAACAAUGACAUACAAUCAUUUUCCAAACCAUCUCAGAGGGGUAGAACAAGAAGAGCUGCCUUUCUGGCCACAAUCUGAAAUGCUUACAUAAUGUUCUUCAGCCGUACAAUGUCAUGGUCAGAUCAAAUAAACUUUACUUCGCCUAAGCUUUUAACAUGCCGUAGACUGCCUUCAUUUGCCAGGAUGUGUAGUCAUUAAAGAAACAAAACUUUGUAGGAUUUGAGUCAUGACUUGACACUUUUGCUUACUCUGUAACUGGUAGCUUGGAAGAAACCCAAUGAGACCCAAUGCUAUAAAUGACCAGAGAAUCCCCUGCAUAAUGCCUCUCCUUGCCCACAAUUUCUGUGCCACCAAAAAUCUCAAGUCAUCUUUUUGUGAGGAGAAGAAGAAGAAGAAGAAGAAGAAGAACUUGCAUUAUUCAUACUUCCAGACCAUUAAAAACUGUUCAUGGCCUUGGGCCUAAGUGAAUCCAGGGCAACUUUAUUUUGUGUAGUAAAUAUGAACUGAAUUUAAGGGCCUUACCGUUUUGUAGUUUAAACUGGGUUCAGAGCUGCAACAUCUGUUUUUUUUCCAAAAAGGCAAAGAUCUGUCUACAAAACGAAAGAAUCAUGCAACACUGGGUGAGAAUGAGACGAGCACUGAUUAGGAAACGUAGCUGCCGCUGAAGCUGCGUUUCUAACUAGAAAAGGACUUUGAAUAUAAAUUUUAAGCCAUAAUAGUUUCUUGCUGUGGGAAGGGAAUGAAAAAUCACUUUAAGAGAUUAUAUUAAUAUGAAUUAUCACAGUUUUAACUUUGCCUGUGCUUUGGCAUUUUUAAAAUAUUCAUUGCAUUUGAAAAAAAAGGGGUUAGGUCUUGGCUAUAUUUACUAGUUUUGUAGUAGUGUUUUUGCUGAUGUGACUCCCCCCCCACACCCUUUUUCUACUGUCAGUCUGAUUUCUAACUUUUUUGAAUGUUUGUGAAAUAGCUGUCUUUCUGCAUAGGGGGUUGUGUGUCCUCUGCUCCUUUUUACAGAAACACACUACUGUGUCGAGUGUUUUGGCUGGGAAAUGGGAUGCUGCAGCUUUAAGAGCAUUUUUUUGAUUUAUAACAGUGUUUCCCAUCCCAUUUUUGCCUGCAGGCAGGGAAAGUAUGUACAGUAUUUAUUUUGUUUCAAUUUUACUUUAAUAUUUGUAAGUUUAUAUAAGUAGCUUAUUGAUUUCUUGUUUGGAAGGACAAGUGGCUUGUUUAAAUUUGUAUUUGACCAUAGUUUCCACUUCCUGUACUUCAAAAAUACUGAAAUUAAAAUCUGUAUUGCUUAUGUUUUUG